GAGUGUAAACAUAACUGUCUUGAUAAUUUAGCAUGCCAAAAAAAAAGUGGUCUCCUAUGGUCAACUUACCCCGCUUACAACUGUAAGCGGGGUAAGUUGAGCCGUAUCUCUACUACGAAUGCCUUUAAGUGAUGCAGAACAUUCACAGCUGUAUUUUUGAAAAGAAAAAGUAAAAAAUUUCAACAAUCUGAACUGAAACUCUGAUCCUCUCAUCAGACUCAUUUACUUUCUCAACUUACCCCAGAACUACUACAAUGACUUUAUAAGUCCUCUAAGCUAAAAUGGUGGACUUUUAUGCUAGGUUUUUGACCUCAUAUUGUAGCUCUUAGAUACCACAAUUGAUGUAUAAAACACAAUUAAAAUGAUCUUUUUUUGGUUUGAACACAGUUCUAAUAAAACUUAUGACAGACUCAAUUCACUUUCAGGAGUGAAAAAUUGGACAUAAAUGUCUAACCCCUUCACCCAUGUGCUUCUAACCUUCACAGACUCCAUGAAUUGAUGCCCAUCUCCUAAAUAUUUGGUCACAUGAUCAAUUUCUUUUACCAUUUCUAAGCAACAGGGGGUGGAUCAAUUUACCCUUUGGCUCAACUUACCCCACUCUCCCCUAUUGGUGCUAAUAUCAAAGAAUUAGUAAUAUAAAUAUUCUGUGAAAUGCCUCGAAGACUUCAUGUCUCUGAAAACAAAAUUAGAAAAUGAAUGAUGUUAAAAGUAAAUACCAGGCUAAUGAAGUUUGUCUAUUAAGGGACAGAGCGGCAGAGUUUGGUGGAAUCAAGUGAGGGAAGGGUUACUGUGUAACACACUGCGGAAACAAGCCGCUAAAACUCUUUAUUUUUAAACUACCUACUCUCUAACCGUGAAAAAACUAACAGAGAAGAAGCUUAUUAAGUUAUACAUUUUUAAUGCUGAAGAGUAACUCGUGUAAUAGAUCGUUUUAAUUACCUUCAGUAAUUUAUAUUUUCGGCGGCUAAUAACCCCGUGGGUUUUUUUCCCCUUUUUUUCUGCAUGUGUACUUCCGCGUACAAUGUUUUUUUCCCACUGACACACGACAACUUUCGAACACAGGAAACCUAUCAGACGCUUCGACUGUCGUUUCUUCUGUAUUUACGGGGUGAGUCCUUCAUUUUAACACGAUGCUUAGAGGUAAUUGUAGAGAGUUUGAGUUGUAAUGACGGUGAAUUUAAAGUCGACAUGAAUAUUAGUUUUACCGAGAGAAACAGCAAACCCUAACCCUCCUCCUCCUCCUCUACCCUCCCCUGCUGCAGACGGCAGAGUCCACAUACAGGAAUGCGGUGCUGCGCACAUAGACUACCUCCUAUAUGGAUUAAAAGGACAUUAUCACAACUUUAUUAAACGUUUCUGUUAAAGAAAUGCAGCACAGAGACUACUUUGAGCAUUGUUGGGAAACUGAACGCCUGUGUGAGAGGUGGUUUGUUGGGUGAAACAGCCUCUGGUAGCAAAGUCUGACGGUGUGUAUUUUCUGGGAAAGUCAUAGAGGAUUUUACGACUAGACUUGUUUAGGUCUGAUCCCAAACUGCAAAUCACUUUAAUAUUCUCUAAGGGAGCUGUGAUGUGUCAUUGGCAGUCAGGUGGGGAUUUACAGCUGGUGACCUUGUGAAAUUUUAUCCCCCUGACAUUUAUCAAGACUUCUGUGCUUCUGUGUUUCUCGUGAAAAGUUUGGUUUAUGAACCUGUAUGUGUUUUCCUCUCAACGACUCUGUCCAUUUGUACGGAAGCCCUACGUGGUAUGACUUCAUUUCAGUUGUGUGGAGUUGCCAAAUCAACCACGAAUGAUCAUAACUCAUAUCCUCAGAGUACAAAACAAACACAGAAAUAUGCAUAACUUAUCUCAUUAGUGCGGGCAACGGCAGGUCUAGUCUUUCACAGUGUUUUGUUUUCUAGAUUGAUAGUUUUUUAUCCCUUUUAUUAUGAGAAAACUUAAUUAUCUUGAGAUCCUAAGGUAUGUAGACACAUUUCAGAGGGAAAACCAGCUUUCUUAUACCAUUAUAUCAAAAUGAAUAACUUAACUCAACUCAACUUUAUUUGUAAAGCACUUAAAAAAAACCAUAGCCGAACAAAGUGCUGUACAUGAAUAGACAAAACAAUGCAGACAUAAAAAACAAUCAAGAAACAGUUAAAACAAUGGAUAAAACAAAAGCAGAUAUUAAAAAGUGAAACAUAAUUUCAAUGUUUUUUAAAAAAUAAUUUAAAAACAAUAGAAACAAAUAACUAAAAACAAAACAUAAAACACUAAAACAAGAGCCGAGUGUCAUGUAGGGUUGGGAAACAAAUAUAAAACUUUAAGUAAAUAAAAUGUAUGGAUGCAUGUCUGUUUAGGGCCUCCCUACUUUUGUAACAAUAGCUCUUAACAACGUGAUUAGAGAUUUAAGUAAUCAGCGCCAGAUCAGGCUUUUUGUUUCCCUCUGAUUUACCCAUCGGCUUUGUUUUGUAUGGCAUGAAAAGAGGCUACAAACAUGCAGCACAGUCCCCCCUCUCCCUCCCUCUUUUCCUAUAGGGCUCACUCAUUUGAUCAGCCUAUAUAGAGUGGGGGUUUGAGUGUAGACAGAGCUCAGUAAUUAGUGUCUGCUUAUAAUUGAUUAGCCCUGAUGAUAUUGCCCUGUGAAACAGAGGACAGUGCCCGUGAAGAAUAGGCGAGAGUUUCCUGCGCUCAAAGGAAGCUGCAAUUACUGAACAUCUACCAGUGUGGCUUUAUUAUCACACUGCAGUCGUUAACUACAGACAAGAGGCUGGAGCAGUACGGGUUGCCAGUUAUUAGUCAUGUUUUCAUUAAUCUCCUCAAAGAACGGUUACGGUUGCAUAGCCAGGUUGCCAGUCCAGUUUGUCUUAUUUAUACUGCUGUGACUUUCACUCCUCCAGGGUUUGCAGUCUGAAAAGUUGUCUCAUCAAAGCAAACUUAUAUUCCCUGCUAAUUUUAAUACCAGUUUUACUAAAACGCUGCCAUAUAAGUGUUAGACUGUGACGUGUUCCCAGCCAGCCGCUGCACCCCAGAGGCCCCAUGUGAAGCAGGCCCUGCCACUUCCUGUUACGCUCUGCUAAAGGAGAGAAGCCCUGCACUUGUCAUCUCUCUCUUGCUCACUCACUCACUCUCUUUCUCUCUCUCUCUUUCCUCGUUUUACUAGUGCAGGCUUGUCUGGAGCCCAAAGGCUACCUUCUCUUCCUUUUAAAGGAAUGUUGGCUAUUUAAUCCGAGUUGCUGUGCCACUUUUUACCUCACUGUCUCGCGCUUUCAACGUUGUUGCAGGCCUACGUAAACUCACCCACAUGUUGCAGCCCCUCACGAUGUUGGAAGACAAACUCUGAUGAAGAUACAGUGAGACAUUACAGCCUCUAUUAGCUAUCUUUGAGGAAAACCCAACAACUGUGAUGACAGGUAAUGGCACCCACCUCUUGAAGAGCCGGGGGGUGUCCUGAGGGCCUGAAGCCGUGUUGCAGGCAAGCUAAUAAUUUACUGUAGUCAGGGCCGGACUUCAAAGAGAACACAGGUAUUCUUCUCUGGCUGCAGUCAGAUUGACGCACAGGCUGCAGAUAAUGAGAGACAGAGCGGACUGCAGGGCUCUGCUUCUCUUCGCAGGUCAGCGGUGAAAUCUGCUGAUGUCUCCUGAAUGAGCUCAGUGGGUGAGAUGGGGUGAAGAUACUAAGGUGUGAGGAAGCAUGAGUGCAUGUCAAGUGAAAAGGAAGAUCACACUGUUCUGUGGACACAGCCGCACUUAUCUCUGAUCAAAGCAAGGUGAUAAACUAGAAGGUGUCAAUAGAUGUUCUCUUUUAUUCUCUCUUGUAUAAUUUACAGUUGUUUGCUGGUAGUGUUGAGUCAUCUGGAUUUUUCAGUGUAUUUAUGCAGCACGAUUUUUCAGUAUUUACUGCAUAAAUAACCUGAUAUAUAUUCCUAAUAUUUUACUCUAUCUCUAAAUGGCUAAUUACUUGUAUCUAAUAUACAAUAAUGCAGAGUAUUUGCACUAAGAAGCAUGUUGUAAAAAAGGAAAUAGGAAAAUUUUUGAUUUCUGAACUUUUUUUGUAUCUGCUUGAUUAUCGUCACACCUUAAUGAGUCACUGUAACAUUUGAUAACAACACUAUACCUCAUAGGUUGUAACAAGAGUGGUCAUAUCAAGGAAGGCAGUGUCCUUGCUAUCUUGUUCUUUAGUCAAUCAGUGCUGAUCCAUUAAAAACAUGUAAUUUUUUGGAGUCACACCAGUGAUGUCAAGGUUAUUAAGGGUGCCCUCCAAUCCUCAAGUCUGGGGAUCCGAAUUGUUAAGAAAUAAAAGUGUCAAAAUUUCUCAUUUUGGACACAAUAGUUUGUGGGAUUCAUAGCUGUCUCUGCUGGAAGGGUAAACUCCUGUGAUUAGUAUCGGGAUUCAGAUUUGGCAGAAGAUGAGAGAUGGAUUCUGAAAUGGGCGGUGGGACAGAAAGUAGGAGAGGCCAAGAUAUCCUGACUUGAUAUGGGCCAAGCACAUAAAAACACUUGAUCCUUGAAUUCCAAUAAUGCUCCUCUAAUAUGUCUUUCAUUAGACCCUCUGUGCCUGGUAAAUACCAAGUGUCAACCUCUGAUCUUAAGAAAUGAAGCCAGAGUGGAAGUGCUAAAAACUGCAGUUCCCUAAGGGUCUACUUGGAGCUGGCUGAAGAAGCACCGGAGCCAAAAAAGCCAAUUUUUAGAGUAAAAACAAAGACGAUUACAGUCUGGUUUAAAAACAGCUUGGGUCUGAAUAGCUCAGGGCUCCCAUGGCACCCAUUGUAGAAGGAGUGAACUUACAAGAUUGGCAUAUCAGAGGCACGGCUGACUUGACAGACAGGUGGGCAUAUCUGUGUGGUGGCUUGUGAUGUUGACAUGUAGUCAUUUUAAGACUGGUUUGUGCUCAAGUUCUCUUUUUUCUGUACAGCUCUGUUUUUAAAAGUAUUAGGGGUUCAUGUUUUCUAUGAUUGACACCUGAUACAGCCUAUGCGCAUAAGAAGAUUGCGUAACUCACCUGUGGGAUACGCUGUUUGAGCCGAGCGUCAUCACGGCGACUCUCUGCGACUCUCCCGCCAAAUGCGUACAAUGCUACUGCGCAAUGUUGGUUUCCGGAGAUGAAGAAAAAUCGCGGAAACACUGAGAGCUUUUCGGCUUCAAAUCUGUGUACUGAUGGAAGGCGGAACCAAAUUGUCCAUAGUAUAGUUUAUGGUAAAUACAUCAUACAAACCAUCCAAAUCUCCAUGCUUAGACUGAGAUAACCCAAAUGACAUCAUUUAGGGAUGUUUUCUCCGCCCCUCGAGGAUUAGGUCUGAUGGGACAGAAAGACAGUUCACCACGUUUCUUUUUCCAGCUGGAGGAAUGAAUUGACCCAAAGAGCAGAGAAGAUCAAUCUGGACAGGAAGUCCUACCAUUAGGGCAGUCUCAAAACCCUAUUAAUGGACUCCUGACUAUAUAUCAGAUUGUAUUGAUAGAAAUACUUGUUGAUGAUGGAUAUACAACAAAAUUAUAUAUUUGCAUAGCAUACUCACCAGUGAUCGAAACACAUAAGUAAUGGUGUACUCUCCAAAUGAACGGUAAAUGAACCACGAACAGGCCCUGCUACACAUUGUUAGUGGGAUGUUGGUCCCAGUGCACAUUGUUGUUAUCAUCACGUGGUCUCGAUUGUGUGAUUUUUAGGAUCUUGCAAGUCCAGCUGCGACACAUGCUUCCUGUGGUUGAAAGCAUUUAUUCUCAGACCAUUCGUAAUGAAGCAUAAGCAUUACUUCCUCUGUUUAGUGGUUAGAUCAGCUCACUCAGAGGACAGUUGUGUUAUGUUGCUGCAACACACAGGCAACACAGUGGUCACCUUCAACUAGGACUGGGCAAUAUGGGAAAAAGUUUAUCAUGAUAUAUUUUUUCAUAUCAGUUGAUAUCGGUAUAUAUAAAAAAUGAAAUUUAACAGUGUUUAUUGGUAGCAUGUCGUUUGCAAUACAAUAAGCUUCUGCAUCUGUGUGGUUUUUCUAUUUGUUCGACGUUUUGUCGUAAGGCGUUGCGCGAGAGAAAGUGAACAGAAUGGUCGGCUAUUUCGUCUGCACAGGCAUCAUGGGCUCCUUGCUCUGCUCGGAGUUUGUAGUGCUGUCGACUUCAUGUGUUAAAGUGCUAUAGUUGCGUGUGGCUGCAGCCCGCUACUGCGCAGUUGUUUGCUACUUGGUUCUAAUUCAGCACAUGAUUGGUUCAGUGCGAAGCGGACCCGGAGGCGACAUUUUUUUUGUGGGGUGGUAGGGGAAGGUCCCGCCUCCUUCGCCUCUGAUUGGCAAGAAAAGCUGGAAAUGUCAUCACGUGCGCAAGCCAAACGCGGCCUGUCGGCUCUGUACAUCGAACAGAACAUCAUUGCACUUCUGAAUCUCCUAACCCUAACCCGAUAGACGAUGGCGUUUCACAGCCAUAAGGAAUAACCAAUAAGAGCCCAGCACUUGUAGCCAAUACGAGGCUAAGUAGGGCGGGACCUUCCCCUACCAUCCAUCCUACAAAAAAAAUUUGUGACCGGAGCAACUCCCCUUUUCAUUGGCUAGCGUAUUGACCAUGUUUUAUAUUGAUAUUGAGGGAUAUCAAUUUUUAUCGCCCAGCCCUACCUUCAACCCUCUGCUGUCACUCAGGACCGCUCUAGUCAAACCAGACCAGGUCCCCCAUGCAGUCUGUGUGGUCAACUGUGUACAUGUGUGAGACAUAUGAGUCCUGUGUGCACAGCUUGGAUAAACCCUACAGCUGAAUGACCCCUCGAGGGGCCAAACAAAUGCAGCCAAUCUCAGUGUGAGUGUUUACGUACCCUCACACUCGAUGAUAACAGGAUUCGGUGCAGAAAGUGUUCUCUUUACUGCAGCGGUUUGUUCCUCACAUUUUAAGAAAAAAAGUACAAAAUGGAAAGAGUUACAUCCGUCCGUCCAAGUGUGAGUCAGAGAGAGGCGGCUGGAAAGCUGAUGUGAUGGAGAGUGUUUGAGUGAGUGAGAGAGAGAGGGAGGAAGCAGAGAAUGAGCUCUUUCAUUUGAGGGUCAGGGUGGAAAAAGCAAGACUGGACUCCAUAGAUGAUGUUUACUCUGGAGAAGUGAGGGAUGGGGGGUAAGGGGGGGGUGAAAGGUCCUGCAGUCUGAGAGAGUGUGUGCAGACGGUUUGAUGACUGUUUGUUAGCACUAAAGCCUAAAAACAAGGGGAGGGGGGAUCUUAGAGUGGUCCUACAAAUCUCAUAAUCCUGCUGAUUCAUGAGUGUGAUGCUUGAGCAAACAUUGAUUUUAAGAUUCUCCUACAACUUGAAAGUUUACAGUUUAAUUCUGAUUAAUUAAUUUCACCCUUUAUUUUAGCUUCAUUGUUAUUUUGUACGCAGAUCCUGCUAAUCAGUUUGUCUCAGAUUUUUUCUUUCAUUUCUGUGCCAAAAUGCUCCAAAUGAAGUUUCAGCUUUUCAACCGUUCAGACUGAUCAACUUUAAUUAUGCAGAUUAACAGUCAUCAAACUGGUUUUUGUUUUUACUCACCAAGAAAUUGUAAAAUUUGCUUUAGAAAUAGUUGAUUUUCAAUGACUCAUAAAUCCAAUAAUGAGCAGAGAAGUAGAAGACAGUUACUGUUCAUUUUAGCCUUACAGUGUUUAUUACAAGUAAACCUAGAAGGUCAAGUUAUUUAUGUGACCAAAAACUACUCCAUUUGGGCGAUACUGUCUGCUCCAAACUUCUGACUCUGAUAAAAAAUAUAAUGUCUGAAUCAACUCAACUCAGUUCGUUUGAUUGGAAAUUUAAUUUGCUGCACAUUUAGCUGCUUUUACAAUAACCGGAUUAAAAAAAAUGCAAAAAAGCAGUUCAUGCAUAAACAGGGCAAUGCAAUGCAAACCACCGAAAAUCAAAAACAAUGCACUUUACAAGCCACUCUACCUAUUUGAACAUAUUCCACAGCAUGGAUAGGUGAAAAUGAAACUAUUGACACUCUUGCACAACCCUUGUGGCGUCAGUGGAGCUACGAGAAGAAGUUACAUUAAUUGCCUCUGGUGAUGUCGUUUGAGUCAGCUUUGGUUUGGACUCGACUUUGCAAGUUUGAGGAGUAAAAUAUUUUCCAGGGAUGAGUUUGAAACAAAUGAGCAAACCAAACCUCCGCUGCCAGCUUCUUUGUUUGGUAUCAGUGUAAAAUCCACAGCAAAUGAAGACAGCUGGACACAGAUAAGUACAACAGACCACUGACUGAACGAGGACUGUUUUCUGUCUCUGGAUCAGGAGUUUCUUUUUGGCCUUAGCAAUUACUGCUCCGAUCACAAACAUCGUUAGUCACACACACACACACACACAGAUACACACACAUGGAAGCAGUUAGACCCUGCUGGAGGUUCACUGUGAGCUGCCAAUCCAUGCCAGUCGAUUGGCUCUGGCCUAUCAAAUGUUUCCAUGAAGUAAAUGACCUCUAUAUGGGGACAGGCCGAGUGAGGGUGCUGGAGGGAAGGGGAGGAUUUAGGGGGAGGGGUGGUGGGGUGGUUUGGGUGGGGGCGGCAAUUUGUCGGAGCAGGAAAAUGAGGUGUACUUUGGCUCCAAGGUGAGCAGGGAAAAUAAAGAGGAGGUGUGUUGAACGCUCGCUAAGAAGGGAGUCGCUUGUUAUUCGUGGUACCUUGUUGAACAUCAUCAUCAAAAACUCUGGGAAGUCUUGGUCUGAGGUUUGGGGAGCAGAGGGGUGGGGUGGGGGACGGUUUGGCCUCAUUAAAAACCUCACAGAGCGAUGUCUACUCCACUGAAAUCAUAUGGAGAGAAGGUCAAUGAUUCUCCGCAGUGAUUGUGUCCAAAUAAAACCAUCAAGAAAAGGUCAUUGCAGUAAAACUCUGAGAGGAGAUGUGGCAGACGCGGCGCAGAGAGACUUUUAAAUCCGCGAGACGUUCGAUGAUACGAUUCCUUUGUGCUCUGAGCUGUUAAAAAAGAACAACAUGUAAGGUAGGAUCCUGUCAUGCAAUGAAAAGACCUGCCUGUGCUUUUCCCCGCGCUGCUGGACAUAAUCUUAUUUUAGCCACUACGUAAUGGUCGUUAAAUUACAUAAUUGGCCCUUGUCUGCCGGCCAUGAAUGCACUGGCUGUCUUGGAGCGAUCGCACAACGGACGGUUUCAUUUAAAGCUAAGGUAGAGGAGCAGAAGGAGGGACAGGGAAAGAGAGAAACAGAUGAUGUAGAAAGACCAAGAUUACCUAGAGAAGAGACGGUAGAAAAAAGGAUGUGGUAGUGAAAACAGGAGGUUAAAAAUGUCUGAGGGAACAUUGCUCCACCGCAGAGAGAAGAGUGACUGCCUCUCAUACGCUGAUGUCACUUCCCCUGCGCUGACACUCUGCUGUGCUGUCUCCUUUAUCGCUCUUGUUUGCUUACAGUCUGAGCAGUGACAAGAUCUCUGGGAUAACGCUGCCCUCAGAAAUGUUCAGACCUCUGUUCUGUUACUCUUUUACCUUUACUGGACAUUUAAUCGUGUUUGUAUCUUGAAAUAUCUUAUCUUGGUGAAUUUAAAAGCAGCUUAUCAAGUCACAGUUUGUGUGGAUUUUUCUCAAGAUGCUCUCUGGUGGGGUAAUCUGCUCUAAAGUUAGACCUUUUGAGGGUUGCUCUGAUAAGUUUGGCGGGUUGCGUUCAAGUUUAGAUCUAAAAUGCUCAGAUGUUGCCGAAGCCGCUACAGUGCAGCUGUACUCCCUCAAGUUCGAGGAAAUGCUUUGUCAUAUUGAUCGUGCUUCCUCUCUUGCAUGAAAUAACUUUGCCAAUUAUGUUGCACUUCCCUGCACCAUUAUCUAUUCAGGUAAAGCUUAGCCAAACUUCUCGAUCUGCCGUCUCUUCUCUUCACAAUAGUGGGAUAUGAAGUAGGGCCCGACUGAUAUGGAUUUUUUGGGGCCGAUGCCGAUACCGAUUAUUGGGGGGGGGGAAUCUGAUUACCGAUUAAUUGGCUGAUUUUUUUUUUAAUUUAUUAAGUUAUAAAAUAUACAUAUAUACUAUAGUAUACUGUAGAUAUCUACAGUACUGUAGAUAUACUGUAGGCUACUGCUCUUCACGCCGACAGGAAGACCGACUCUGACCAGAAAAGCGUUUUCGACUACCCCUCCCCCACCAAUCGGUGCCUCCGCGUCUUAACUCACGUUACUCAUUUCCAGUCCAGUCUCAUCUGGAGACAUGCAGCUGCCUCCGUAAGAAAAGUAGCUUGAUCAUAUAAUAUGUACUGUUGUUUUUUCUACCAUUACUGGCAUGGCUAACAGUGUAGCAAGGCUAAUAGCAAAUGGCUAACUCUAACUUUAGCUUGCAUAUUACAUGGUGCUUCACCGUUAACUCAGCGUGACCGAGACCAGCAACAGCGAGGAACAUCGUGAAGUGAAUUGAACUGAAACUUGUUGACUUAUUGUGUAUUUCACAAUCUGGUUUAUUUACCGUUGAGGCGGACCACUCUCCUCCGUGCGUCCCUGAGCUGCCUGCUUCAGAUCCGUCACUCUGCUGUGCUGUGAGGUAGUUAGUGGAUGAAGAUUGUCAUGAGGUCGCUGCGCCAUCUACAGGAUAAGUCGGGGAACUUUUCAAAUGGUGGAACAUUUUUUAAGUGAAACCGAAUCUUAUUCUCCGCAUUUUAUUUAUGAAAAUAUCGACGAAAAUCUGUGAGUUUUGGCCGAUUACCGAUUAGUCUCAAACGGGCUAAAACUGACCAAUUUAAUCGUCUCGCCGAUAAAUCGGUCGGGCCCUAAUGUGAAGUCCUCCUGACAGACUUUUCAAAAACCAUGUAACUAAAAUCAAACCAAAUCAAACUUCUCAUAGUUGGAGUGACAAACUUGGAUAAUUUUGUUAUGGAUCGAUUUUCUCCAGGAUCCUUUCAGGAGUUUUGUGCGUGUGUGAGAGGAGCCGAGGCUCGCUCCACCGUGCUGAGAUUUCAGAGGUUAAUGUGUGGAGUCGGAUGGCUCGUACUCAAAAGUAGCCUGAGUUUGUAUCUUAAAGGCUGACCAGUGAAUUCACCCACCAAUAUCACAGUCAGAGAUUCAACUGUGUUUGUAAAUGUUAUUGGAAAAGUGUCAGUUUGAAAACUUCUAUUUGAGUUUAUUUCAAUUUUUCUUCAAACAUUGACCAUUUUUGACACUAUAUCGAAAAUGUGUUCAUUUUUCUCCUCAUCCAUAAAAAGGAGUGAAUCUUGUAUUUUUAUAGUUUCUUAGGAGUCGAAUCUGUUCCUGUCAUCUCUUCUUGCUGCAGCCAAAACCAUUUGCUCUGGGUUGUAACCUUUACGGUGUACGUCUUAACUUAAACACAGCGAGUUUGUGGAUGUGUCUGUGCUGCUCAGACUUUCCAGACUUCCUCACACGUACCUUUCCAUCGCUUGUUUUCUCUUUUUUUUCCCCCACUGUUACUGCCUUGUUCUUCAUUUCCUGCUUCACCAUGUCCCCUCUUUUAAUUUCUCCCCCACGCUCCCUCACCUCCUCCACCCCCUGGUCCCUCCUCACUAGGCCCCUUGUUUUUUCUUCCCUCUGUUUAGUCUGUCAUAUAGGCUAAUGUUUGUGUCCAGUCUUUUUAACCAGUUGUAGUAAUUGCUAGACGUUUGUCAUUCUGCUAAAAUGAACUAAAUGAAGUCUUGUAUUGUGAUCAAAAUCCUUUUUCUCUUUUCCUGUUCAGCCUCUUUUCACUCUAGCUCUGUGCACCUCACUCGUUCAUCGCUGCCUGCUGUUCGUACCCUGCACUUCCGCCUUUCGUUCCCAUGUGAACAGAAGUAACACAGGGUUUCUUUGAUGUGCUUCAAUCUUCUCUCAUUUUCACUGUCUUUCUUGCCUUCUCUCCGUCUCGCUUUCUUUUUCUCCCCCUCUUUUCAUCUGAUAGGUCAUACAAGAAAUGGCUCUGAUAGCUUCCUGAGGAAAUUACACCCACUUCCUGUCUGUGUGCCUCCCCAUUUGCCACCUUCCACUCCCCUAGUUUUUUUUCUUCUCUUCUUUUUCUUCCCCUGUGCUCAGGCGCCUCAGGGAUCUGCUGCUAGAGGAGCAGCGGUGCUGGUAGGACCCCCUCCUCCUCCUCCUCCCUUUUUCCCCGUCACUGCUAAUGAGACUGGGGUCUGAUGAGAGAGCCAGAUAAACAGCAGUACAAACACAGCAAGCUAUAGCCAUUAGCUGCUUGGCUAUUUUUGGACACUGCCCUCAUCGCAUAUAGAGAACAGGACACAGCCCAUUGUGACCCCGGGUAAAAAGAGAACUGAGAACUGCGUUUAUAAAACGGAUACUGUGACCAGGUGUUUUUACUUACGUUUAGAAGGUGAAGCUUUUUUACUGUCUGAUUCUGUAAGAUGCCAAUUUGUUAAAAGAAAGUAGAUAAUGGCGACCUAGUGGUCUGCCAACUUUGAUGGUUGACCAGCGGGUUGGAGUAAAUCUAAAACUGCACCUCCUGUAGGGUGUUUCAGUUCAGCAGUGGUUAACACCUUCCAAAAAUGGUCUAAGGAAGGAAAACCAGUGAGCUGACCACAGGGUUAUGAGGGGCUGUGGCUCAUUGAAGCGCAUGAGAAGCAGAAGCCAACGUGAUCUGAUCCAACAGAAAAACUACUGAAGCUCAGAUUAAUCAAAGGAUGAAUGCUGUUGCAUACAGCUGCGAUACUACACAGAAAGAGUGCUCUGAAAAACGGGCAUCGAAUGAUCCAGUUUUUGUGGUUGUUGUAUGCUUGUAGUCGCCUUGUUUAGCUGAGGCACAGAAACAUAGAGAGACCAUUUAUUUUGACACGAUCUGCAUCACAUCGACAGAUAUCACUGUUGUCUUUUCUAUCACCAAUCACAGCGCACCAAAUGUAAACAUUACCUUUUAUUUUAUUUUAUUAUCUUUUUAUAAAUCCAUAUAUUUACCUUGUAUUUAUAUCUGUCGUGAUAAUUUGAGAUGAUUACGCAAAGUUCAACUUUUUUGUUCCUGAUUUGUUAAUAUCAACAAAUUGUUGUAUUUUGUCAAAUGCAAACAGCAGCAACAACAACCUGAUAUCUGUAUUAUAUGUCGACCAUCAGCUGACCUGCUCUCAUAUUAUGGGUAACAAUAUUGGCAUUGGGCAUUGAUAAACCGAUAUCGAUCGACUAAUAAACAGAAAUGUUUAUGUUUGAAAUAUUUUAAACAGUUUUUAUACUAUCUGUCUUAUCUAGUGUCGAUUUGUUAAGUUUCCAAGUGAAUAAUAUCAAGCGGUGUGAUGAGCAGUCACACAGUGAAAGUGUAACGUGCACAAACUCUGUUUCUAUAAUGCCGGCUCAUUAAUGGAACAGUUCUGUCUCACUUUCCUACUUAUGUAUCUGUAUCUGUAUCUAGGCAGGUCGAACAGCAUGCAACAAGAGUCAUGGUGGAAUGUCAACUUAUGGUAUACAACGCAAAACCAGAGCUCACCAUGCGUGUCUGUGCUCAGGCUGUAUGAACAAACUGUCUCACACAACCCUGGUGCCUGAACUGUUUACGUUAAAUCAGACAGAAAACUGUCAAUAAAGUUUCAUUGAAUAAACGUAAGCGCAUGUGCAAUCCGGUAAAAGGAGAGUAUGCUCUCUGCCGGCCAAAACUUUUAACAUGCAAGAAACAUAUUCUGAUUUUUGAUCGGUCAGUUCAGUUGAGUGAUUUCCAAAGCCAAUUUUCUGGUGUCUCUGAAGUUACUUAUCCUUCAUUCAUCUUCAUAAUUAAGCUGACAAACUGUAUCAGAAACAAGAAUGAACAAGUAAACUGAGACUUUAUUAGAAAAAGGUUUCAAUAUUAGUUUAUCUGCUGGGUAUUCAAACCACAAAUGUGUGUGCUCACGUGUGUGUAAGGUAUUUGAGCUGCUCUCAGUUUCUGCUCAGUCUGGUUGUGAGUGCAGCUCAGAUCAUGUGAUCGUGUAAGAGCCUUAUUGUGAAGAAAUUGGCUCGAUUAAAUCGAACACCCUUUGUUUGGCACUCUGAACUUUGGUGUAAGUGUGUUAAAGUUUAUAACUCUAAAUGCACACCUUAUACUUUUGUGAAGUGACAUCUUCGUUUUCUGGUUGUAGAAAACAUUAAAAUGCAGUGGGUUUGCAAUAACAAGCUUGUUGGAUGUUUGAAUGACACAUUAUUUCCUGGUUGGGUUUUAAAGACACGGUCAAUCCAUCUGCAUGAAUUAGCACUGCAUUAUGUGACACUGUCCAUCGCCUCUUAACUGAUCACCCUCCCCUCUGACAGCCACUGAUUGACAGGUGUGGGACCCUCCCGUCACGAUAUGGACUAUGAAGAUGCCCACUAUGGGGUGAGGCCACAGCAUGACUCCUCCUCUGAGGGGUUUCACAAUGGAAGCGGGGUUUGCAUAAGAUCUGAUGUAACGGUGACUCAGUUAUUCUUAGGCUGCAGAGUGACCUCUUAGUGACCUGGUGGAAAUAUGAAAUGCUGAACUGUGCUGCUGCUUCCUGUCCUAAAUGUUCCAGAGAUCUAAUGAAACAGGUGCUUUAUUUUCCUUCGCUCAUGUACAGUAUUAAAUCCCCUCCUGGUCGGCCCCAAGAUGGAGAGGAAUGCUGCUGUAAAGGACCAGUUGUCAUAUUACACACACACACACACACACACACACACUCUCUGGACAAUCACAUAGGAAUGGCCCCUCCUGCAUACGUGCCCGGUCUUAACUCACACUCACACACAAAGGCAUGUACGCUUGAUGGCUAUCAUUGGAUUGAUGCCACCUGACACUUAGUUAGUACAGGAAUGUGAUGAAGGGGAGGGAGGCUGGGCAGCUGCUGACUUUCAGGAGCACUGAAGCCGAUCUCUGCAACUUCCUAGACGCCAUGUUCAAACGUCAUCAGGGUCCGUUUCUUCUCGUCCUCGUGAGUCAGAAGUGAGUGACCCUCGUAGGUUGGAGCAUAUGCCGGGCUAUCAUGUGCGAGCAGAGGUGAAAGGAGGAGGGUCUGGUUACUGUUGCAACUCACAGACUGUCUCCAUCUGUUGUCUGAACUGUGCCAUAUGCUGGAAUGCAGCGCUCGCCUCCUCCUGCCUCUCUACGAUCCCUUUAAAUGUGGAGCAGAGUUGACCCCCCCACUCCACCCCCACCCGAGUAGCCGCAAUUAGCUUCCCCCCUGACUGCUCCAGUUUAUGUCUCAGAGCACAAACAUGGAUUACAGUGACUCAGAUAUCCACAGAGACACAACAAUAACAAGGGAUCAGCUUCAGCAUCUCCUGUAAUGAGGAGGCUGAAAUGCUGCGAUCAGGACUGUAACAGAAGUAGCAGCGGGGGUUUAAGAGUUUUUGUAAAAAGCAUCCUUUAUUUUCAUUUGAAGUGAAGUUGAAAAGUUUGUGUACACAAAUCUUAGCGCACAUUUUAAAUCUGCAACAGUACUAUUUAUUUUUUCACCUAAAAACUCAUAAAAAGUGACAAAUAUUUGAUGGUUACAAGAAAAUGUUCUUUGUUUUCUUGUCCCUGUCCACAGUUUUAUUAUUUUAGACCAUCUGGUUUGCAUGUGUCAUUCAAACCAGGACAUUUAAAUACAUCAUCUUAAGCUAAACUGGGUCUGGUAGUUAUUUUGAACAUCAUAGACGCCAAUUACAAACCAUAAAAAUGCAGAAAAAAUGCUUUACAGAUAUUUCAACAAGAAGCCACCACUUACAUUUUGCAUUAAUCUGAAUAAAAAGAUAUAUCAUCAUGAAGGUAUACUGAUAAAAUGUCUUAAAAGAGGACAGGUGGGACACUCUCAGUAAUCAGAGUUGUUGUUGUUGUUGUGUGCACCUGUCCUCAAGGCUUCAUAUUAUCCGUCUUCAUUCAAGCUGGAACAGAGCAGCAUUUUAUCUUUCCACCAAGAAACGGCAUGUUCUGCUUUUGGGGAAUUGUUGUUCAUGUUGUCAUGGUGACAUAACUUUAUUUGUGUAUGGGUAAAGGUGGUGUCGGUGGUUUCAUUUAGCAAGCUUCUCUGGGUUGACGUAUGUGUGUGUGUUUUUCUGUGAGUUUGUAUCCACGCAGAUAUGAGUCUCUGUUUGACUAACCCCUCCCACUCAUGUUGCCUUUCUCAGCCCACAGCCCACUGAAUACGACCAUGAAUGAACAGUCCCUCUCUUCUCUGUCUGUGUAUCUCUCCCUCUCUCUCUUUGUCUCCCUGAUUCACAGCUCUGCUCUCGCUCUGUGUCUCUUUACAAGAACUCACCUUGACCUCGGAGCAUUUUUCUGCUCUGCCACUGUACACACUCUCUCUCACACACACAGACACUGACUGUGUUCAGGGCCAGGCUAUGAAUCGAAUCGGGGCCGUGUAUACAGACACAUUUCCUCAUAAACAAACCACCGAGUGAUUUUUCAGUUCCUAUUUAAUCUACUCAGACAGCCGUCAUAACCACAUAUUUACUAAUCAGACAGUUUUGGAUUACAGAAGAUAUUAUAAUUUCUGAAAAGAGUGAGCUACACACCUCAGUUGUUCAAAUGCAGAGUAUAAUUGAAAAAUGCAUUAAAAAAUAGUACGGAAAGCGCUUCAAGUGAAGUUGUUGUAGCAUAAUGAUGGAGGAUUUCUAUGAUCUGAAACAACUCAUGUCCUAUUUGAACCAGAUGAAGCACACGUACAACGUUAUCUUCAUUUUCCAGAUCAAAUUGCUGCUAUAAACUCUAAAAACAUGCUGUAAGUUGCUAUCUGUCAUCAGAGCGUGCUUACAUUCAGGUCAUAGAGCAUCACAGUAUGUUAUGGCAGUAGCUGUUAACCUCAAUACAAUGUGUGUGAAUACUUUCCUCUUGAUCAUCAACCACCAGAACAAGAAGAGUUUUCAUUUUUGUAGUAAAUCAAAGUUUUUCCUCUCAGAGUGACUUCUAGAAAGAGUUUAGACCAAGAGGCACAGGUGAAAACUGGUAUUAUACCGGUGUUUCUGUUUUGCUGUUAAGCAAUACUUGGGAACAUGAGAGGUGGUUUGGUUUUAGUGUUUCAGUCGCACUGUUUAACCAAAGUGCAUGACAGUAAAAUGCAAAAUAAGACACCACUCCUCUCAGGUCUGGACUGUCAUUUCACCCCACUCUGCUCUGAAAGAUGACCUCCAGCUUAAUAUCAUUAAACACCGUUUUUCAACUCGGACACCAUCCUCCAAAAACAGUAUUCAUCACUCUUAAUUCAUAAAAUAGACUCUAUAUAUUAAAUAGUUCUCAUCAGUAGUUGCUGAAGGUUUUUGUCCUGCACUUUGACACACUCACACUUACGCUCUCGCCCUUUUACUAACAACACAGUUGACAGUAGUUGAGGUUACUCAGUGUGGCUGCUCGGGUUUUUGGAUGUGUGUUUGAGUGUGGGUGUGUUUGGGUGUUGCCUGCCUGCUAGCUGCUCUGGGUCUGCAACCUUCAGAGGACUGAAUGCAUGACUUAUUUGUGGUUUUUUUAGGUGCGUAUGUGUGCGGGGAGGUGGUGAGGGGUGAAGUGGUCGCCCAUUUCAAUGUAAUUUUUUCCCCAUUCAUGGUUUGCAGAGGCAAAGACUCACAUAACCUUUUAAUCUCAGAUUAGCUGAGCUACAUUUUUACACCUUAACAGGGUCAUUCGAGCUGCAAGAGCGAUUUUCUCUGAGUGCGUUUCUGAAGAGUUAAAACUUGUCCAAACUUCAGUGAGAACUCAAAUCGAAAAUAACUGUUUUGCAAUGCAAUGUUAAAAUGCUGAAUUAUUCCCCCCUGAUUUAAACACCUGAACUAAAUGUUUGAUGGUGGCCUGGGGGAAGAGAGAGGCUCAGCUUUUUACAAAAACCUCCCCAUCCCAAUGAAAUAAUUCAAAUUAUGUAGUUAAAAACAUUUUUAAUUGCUUCUUUAUCAGUUUAGUCUCGCUCAUUAUCAAUGCCAUGUUCUAAUUACUUUAAAAGUUAUUUCAGGAUAGAAUAACUUUCUCUUGAACAGAAGUGCAGGUAAAUAUUGUCAAAGUUGUGUGUUUUCCUCUAUAUUGAUUACUUUUAAAUCAAAUCAAAUCAAAUUUAUUUUAUAUAGCGCCAGUUCACAACAGUCGUCAUCUCAAGACGCUUCUCAAAGAACAAGAGCAGGUCUAGACCACGCUCACUGUUUGAUGAUCAAGAACCAACCUAAGAUGGGUUUUGGUCCAUCUCAUCUAACAUGAGUAGCAGUGGCAAAGAAAAACUUCCCUUUAACAGGCAGAAACAUUGGGCAGGACCAGACUCAUGUUAGACAGCCACCAUGCCGCUGCUGGGUUGGGGAGGAAUGUAGAGAAAUGGAGGGAGAUAGAGAGAGAGAGAAGAAGAAGAUAAGGGGAAGGAGAGAGAGAAUGAGUAAGGAGAGGGAAGGGGAGGGAGAGAGAGUAGAGAACGAGGGUGAGAGAGAGACAGGGGACAGCAGAAACAACAGCAAUAACAACAACAGCUCAUGUAAUGGUGAAACAGAAUGAGUUCAGUUUACAGGGUUAGGAUAUGAGUGAUUAUGGACAAUGUUAAAUUAAUUAAAUGUGAUUACAGUCAGCAGGCGUGAUCAUAGUCAGCUCUAGUUUUAUGUUAUUAAUGUCAGUGAGGCUGAUUUUAAGGGUUAUUCAAAAAGUUCAUAACAUACAUGUUCAACGACUUAUUUGACUUUUGAUUGAUGCUGUAUAACUCUUUGUCUUGAUGGGCUCAUGUGAAUGGGAUCCUUCUGACCUGAAGAACAAGGUAACACUUUACGUGACGCCUAUUUCUAUAACACAUUAUAAAUUUAUGUAUAAUGCGUUAUAAUCACGUUAUAGCACUGUAUAACUAUAGUUAUAAACACUCAUAAAUGAUCAUAAUUCUUUAUAGCAAUAAUAAUAAUAACACAUUAUAAAGCAUUUUAUCAUGACUUACAAGGUCAGGUAUUAUAAUGUGUUUUGCUUAUUGUUAUAAAUAAUAUGCUCAUGAUAAUUAAUGAGUGUUUAUAAUGAUAGUUAUACAAGUUUACAAGUGAAUUAUAACACAUCAUAAAUAUAUGUAUAAUGCAUUAUCUAUGUGGGCAUUGUCAGUGAGUUGUUAACAGUUAUAACACAUUGUAAUACCUGACCUUGUAAGUUAUGAUAUAAUGCUUUAUAAUGUGUUAUUAUUAUUAUUGCUACAAAGCAUUAUGAUCAUUUAUAAGUGUUUAUAACUAUAGUUAUACAGUGCUAUAACAGGAUUAUAACGCAUUAUACAUAUAUUUUUAAUGUCUUAUAGAGAUAGGUGUCAAGUCAAGUGUUACCUAGUUCUUCAUAGACUCUGGUGAUCUGGUCUGUCUGUCCCUGUCCUUUUCUCCUGAGGAGGUGGGAUUGGAUCCUGGGAUGUUUCCUGUCUUUCCACUUUAUGUUUUUUUUCUCUUGGAAAGUUCGCUGUGUCCAAUCUUUAAUCUGGCUGUAUGUCUGGCUCUGCUCAGCAGGGGGUUCAGGAAGUCAGUGAGGUAGCCCACUGGUUCAAAGUAUAGCUUAUAAUGUUUGCUAAUUGUCUUGUUUCCUUCCUCUCUCUCUCUCUCUCUCUCUCUCUCUCUCUCUCUCUCUCUCUCUCCAUCGCAGGGCGCGUUUGGGGCCCAUUGCUCUAACCCAGCCAUGAGCAUCAUCGGGGCUGAGGAUGAGGAUUUUGAGAACGAUCUGACAGAGGUGAUGAUGAUGAUAACUUUGUGUUGCUUUGUCUUUUUAUCAUUGUUCAUUUCCCUCCAUUCCUGUCUCCUCUUUGCUCUAAUUUUGUGGGUCAUCUCUCUCUCUCUCUCUCUCUCUCUCUCUCUCUCAGCAGGCAGAUGAACAUGGCACAACCUUCAACAAUAUAGAAAGUUUGAAGGAUCGGCCGACCCACCUUCUAGUCUUUCUGCAACAUGUCAUUCUACAGUUUGACCCCGCUCCCCUGGUGAGAACUUUGUAACCCAGCACUCGACUGUACACACUCGAUCUGUCUCUGGUGUGCUUUUCAGCGUUAACAUGAGUCACACAAGUCUAAACAGAUAAAUGCUAAUCAAUACAGCUGUCUGCACAGGACGUAGAUAACAGAUGCCUUUUUCACACACAAAAAGUGAGCGUGUGGUUUUACAGUGUGUGUUCAAAAUGUUUGUUUAUUCGUUUAAUGCCUGAAACCACAAAUUACAGCCUGAAAAUUCAAUUUUUUGGAGCUGAAAUGUUUAUUUCACUUAUUACUGAAAACCAAAAGAAUCAAAAUGUCCUUAAAAUUUAACAAAUAUUUAUUUAUCUCGUUUGAUACAUUAGAUGUUUUUGGAAACUGAUAAACCACAAGAGGACAUUUUUAUCAUUUAUUCGACUGUAUUCAGGUGUUUUUUUUUUAGUAGUUUGUUGAUCAUAUUGAUUUGAUAGACGUAUCAUAUAAAUAUGUAUCAAAUAUGAUACGAAGGGCAUUUGUAUGGCGACUAUCAAAAACAACUUAGUCGCUGAGAGGCUGAGUAGGGGAAAUCGAUACCUUGCCCGACGCGCUGGCUGUAUAAACUAAAAAAAAACAGGCUGUAUCUCCGUUUGUAGUUUUAUUAUUCAAAAAGGACGAAGCACUUACAUGAAAACAAAAUGAGGGCAGUCGUUCAAUAUCAGGCGAAACAUAAGCGGUCAGCAGAAAGUAGGACUUCCUCAUUCACCCCCUCACAAAUGCCAGGUGAACAGCUGACUUCACUACUACCGGUUUUGACGUACUACCUCCACCUAAACCACGUGACUCUCAUCCUCGUAUACAACCACACACAACAAUACACAAAUACUAUAAAGAUCAUGGUUACCACUAAGAACUGGCAUCUACAGCAUUAAAGGGUUAAAAAACGCCAAAAUGCUUUUUAGUAGGUGAAAGAAAAGUCAAAGAAAUCAAAGGAAAUUCUGCUGAAAGUUAAAAAUACCUCAAACUUCAGUUGUAGCUUUAAAAAAUCAGACAUUUAGACACAAAAUGCCACAUGCGUACUAUAAUUUUUGCACUUAUCUAGAGUCUGUUCGAUUUAAAUUGAAACCGGUUACACAAAUCUGCAUGGAAACUCUCUCUUGUUUUUAGGUUAGAGGGGAAAUAAAAAGAGAGCAAUGACUUAACCAAAAGUCGUGGUUCACAUUGAACGCAGGACCACAAGACCAGACACUCACAUUAGGUGACAAAAAUAACAUUUUGAAAUGAAUCUUUAUCUGUAAUUAACAUGUUUUGUACACAGGUAAUAGUGUGAAAGUUUAAUACACUGUUACAGAGAUUUUUGGUCAGAUGUCUUUAAACCACAAAAGACAAAAUAUGAAAGCGUUAUAAGAUGAACUGUGCAGCUGUGACCUGCCUGAGUUCACCGUUUCCUAAAGUCUAAAUCAGUACAGCUUUUAGUCUGUUUGUUUGUGCGCACCUGACUGCAUGUGUGUCAGUGCUGACAUAAAACAGGCCUGUGCUCUCCUCUUUGUUCUGCAUGCAGACACCGUGACCCACCCAGGUACUGUUUCAUCUCCCACACUCAUGACCCCCCUCCCCACUUCUCAUUUUGCUGAUCUUCUGUCCGUCUCUCCCCUCACAGCUGUGUUACCUCCAUGCUGAACUCUUCAAGAACCUCAGUGCCAAAGAGACCAAGAAGCAGUUUGUUGAGUUUUACAACACUUUCUUGGACAAGGGUGCAGUAAGUGACACUAAAUCACAGCCUUUCAUGAAUGCAGUGUAACAGGUACAAGCUGAACAUUUAAAACUGACCUUAUAUAUCCAGCCUCAGCGUCUUAAUAUCAUUGAUAAAUUUCACUCUGGAAGAGCUGGGGAUUUGCAGCUAUCACUUUCCCCCUAAAGGAAGCACAGGAAGUUUGAUGACCUUAAAAGACCCAUUUCCAUUUCCCCGCUGUGCAUCUGGACUCCUUCAGCUCUGGUUUUUCUGUUUCGAACGUCAGUCUCGGGUUUGGACUCAGUGCCUUAUUUUGAUGACUUUAGCAGUUGCUGCAGAUGUAAUAAGACUUGAAUUAUCAGAAAUUUUAUUUGCAUGAUUUUGUGUUUAGAAAAACUUCCAGUAGUCCCAUAACGAUAGAUUCUCAGCUCGAUAGUUGCUCUUUUUUAAGCCAAGUGAGUUAUCAGGCUGUUGGUAAUUCUUACAGUGAUGUGAGAUAACUCAACCAAGAAAAACGUAUAUCCCUGUGCAACAUAGGUACUCACUCUUUUCUCAUUGUGUUGUAUCAAUAGGCUUUUGAUAUAGUGCCCAAGCUGCAGUCUAUAAGCCGGACUCUGGAGAGAGGAACACACUGUGUACACUCAGUUUAUUUGCAGCAUUGUGUCGGCUCUGUUUGCUCUGUCUUGUCUCCGUGUCCCAGCAGCGCUCUUCUCUUCCUGUCUUUCUCUUUCUGUCAUCUCUUCAUGUUGUCUCUUCCCUGCACACCUGGUCUCUGUCACCUCUCUGUAAUAUUCUCUCCACCCUAUAUGUCUGUCAAUUACUCCCAGUCUGUCCCUCUCUCUCUCUCUCUUUCUGUCUGACCCCUCAGCUUCCUGUCAGGGUUGUGGGAAAGCCCUUUGGGAGGACUCAUCCCCUCAUAGUUUCUCUUUUUUAAAGCCCCUCUCUGAAGUAAACCCGCUGACUUUGACUUGGCCCGUGUUGGCGCAUGGCCUGUUCAGGGCGAUGAAUCUCCCAGUUUGGAAUAUGUAUUUUUAUCGGGCUGUAUUCUUUGAUUUCUAAUGUUAAAAUGACCCCUUGUGGUGAUAUUGUGGUACUGCACUCUUUAUCUCGGUUCUUAUCAGGUGAUGACAUAGUGUUUUUCUUGGUUUUAAACACAUAACAAAGAACCACUUCACCACAGCCAGAGGUCAGUUUGAAGAGAAGUAGACACACCUUCAUUCAGCUGAUACAGUUUAUCAUUUCAAGUGGUGUUUAUUUUAUUUUAUUUAGCCUUUGUUAAACCAGGUUGGUCCCAUUCAGAUUACAAAUCUCUUUUGCAAGAGAGUCUUGGCCAAGAGGGCAGCAAAGCUCCUUCAACAGAUAAAAUUCGUAAAAAAUAAAACAAUCUCACAUAAAACAUUUAAACACAGAUGAGGUAAUUUAGUUUUAAAUGUAUUUAGUCACACAAAUGACACUAACUGAGUGGUCAUUUUUGAGGAUUUAGUUUGUUGGAACAUAUUUUUUACCCCCUUGAGCAAAAAGGGAAUCACCACAUCUGUAAAGCAGAUUAACAAAACACAAGACAAUUACAGAGAAAUACAGUACAGGCCAAAAGUUUGGACCCACCUUCUCAUUCAAUGCAUUUUCUUUAUUCUCAUUACUAUUUAAAUUGUAGAUUCUCACUGAGGGCAUCAAAACUAUGAACUAACACAUGUGGAAUCAUGUGCUUAAGAAAAAGUGUGAAAUACCUGAAAACAUGUUUUAUAUUUUAGAUUCCUCAAAGUAGUAGUACUUGUAGCCAAGUACAAAAUUCUACAUGAGUUCAUUCAUAGUUUUGAUGCCUUCAGUGAUCAUCUACAAUGUAAAUAGUCAUAUAAAAAAAUAAAGAAAAGACAUUGAAUGAGAAGGUGUGUCCAAACUUUUGGCCUGUACUGUAUCUAUAUAAAUGUUCUGAGUUAAGGUCUAAUUUAAGCCCAUAAAAGUUUGUUAUUCUUAACCGGGAGUACCUUUUAAAUUGGCAGCUGAGGAUCAAUCAAACCAGGAAAAGAUUACAUUUUCUGUUAUUCCAUUAUUUCUUUAAAUGACAUUAUAAUUUUAACAUUUCUCUCUCUCUGUAUUUUUCUUUUAGAUUCUCAGAGUGGCCGUACCCCCUUCUACAGGCUUUGAACUGGGUAAGUGUUUCAUUGUUUUGUCACAGAUCCACACACCUCCGCUGAGUCUUUUCCAAACUUUCUCUCGUGCACCUUCCCCCCUCCAGAUCGAACGCGUCCAGAUCUGCUCACAGAUGACACCCAGAGGCGAUUUGCUCAGGAAGUUCAGAGUCUGCAGGCCGCUGAAGUGGCCAAACAGCUGGAAGAUUUCAGGUAGGAAUUAGAAUUACAACCCGCCCCCCUUCAGUCUUAAUGGUCAUGUGAGUAAAAGAGAUAAUAGUUGAUGAUAAAGACAGCAGAUUCAGAUGAUUUCGAUCCACUUUUAAAAUUGCACUGCCCUUUGUUAUGACUAUUACAUUAAAGCUACGCCACCGCCACAAGACAUCUUAAAUUUCUGAGUGUCCAUAAAAAAAAAAUCCUGUUUUUGUGGCUUUGCUUGUGUUAGAAAUGUUUGUGCACAGGCCCCUCCCUCAUCUGCAGAGCAUGAUGUGUCUGUCUACUGAAUCAGUGAAACAGUCAUCAGAGUUUGUUUUCGCUUCAGUUCUUAUCUUACCAACGUCCGACCUCUUUCUUUGUUUGCACAGACAGAAAAGGAUGAUGGGUAUGACCCCCAACGAGGCUGAGCUCAUUGAUGUGGACAGCCACUAUCCCACCGACCGCAUCCCCAUGGAGAUGAAGGAGAAAUCUGUAGCCGAGAAUCUGCUGGAAAAGAUGUCCGAAACACAGUGAGUGUUUCUUCUUCACGCUGUCUCUUACAACUCUGAAAAACACACCACACAGUCGAAAAUAUUCCUGUUUGAAAAGGUUGCUGUAGAUCCUGGCAGUCCCUGAAGGAUAAAUCUUCUUUUUCUUUGUACAUUAUUAUAUGACUCAUAUUUGGAGCAACUCUUGAACUCGACUGAACAACAAACUCACCAGGUUGAGUCUUAAUUAGAAGCUGCUUUAGAAAACGUCUCAAAAGGCAUACGGUUAAACUCCUGCACAAAUUCAGAAGGAGUCUAAUUGUGACGACAGAGCGGGGGUAGAAAGAGUUUUUAAUUGAUAUGCUCAAGUGGCUUUACACUUACUUUGAUGAAAUUUCACUUAAAGGGAUAUUCUGGCGUAAAACUAAGCUAGGGUCAAACACACCGUAACACCGAGUUAGACACCUCCUCCACAGAUGAAUGUUGCUGACUGCUUGCUUCUCUAGUUAUACCAACUUUAGUAAUGACCGCACGAUAGCAAUACCACUACCACUCGGUCUACCACUCCAUGCGCAAACCUCAACCAAAAAGCCACUUUAUAGCCACAAAUAAUGCUCAGAACAGCACCUAACUUUAUCAGCAGUACAUAUAGGGUCCUAGCUAAGAGAAGCACGCAGUUGGCAACAUUCAUCUGUCAAGGGGGUGUCUAACACGGUGUUAUGGUGUGUUUGACCCUAACUUAAUUUUACACGGAAUAUCCCUUUAAGUGGAAGUCAAACUACAAGAACAAGUGAAAUACUAAUGUGUCCUUCUACCCUGCUUAGGUAAUGUAAUGUAAAUUAUAGUUGACUGCAAUACUUCCCACUAAGACUACUUAAACACGAGUAUAGGUACUGAUUUUAAAAACUACUUAACAAGUACAAGUACAUAAAAAAGCUACUGAAUCACAUGGUUUGAGUAAAUGUAAUCAGCUACUUUUUACCCCGACCAAGAAGUUUUCAAGUUUUGGCAAAGAGCACAGGACCUGGUCUAUAAAUUCAGCAUUUUAAAAACAGUAAAUCUUGAGAGUUUUAGUCAAUAUGAGAUGGUUGUAGAUCGUAACUUGAGGCUGUCUCCAAAGUCAAGGAAGCCCCAUGAGAGUUCGGGUUAAAAUGCCCAUCUUUACAGCAGUAGUAGUAAACAUGUUUACAGCCUGCUGCAAAAAAAGGUUUAGGUCUGAAUAUCUCAUUCUUCAUUAGAAACGACCAGAGGGGACAUUUAUCAGCUUAUUUGUUUAUCCCAUUAAGACCUGAACCCCGUCUGAGCCGCGCCUCUGAAAUCCUGAGGGCAGUUUUGAGAAGGGCCCCCAGAUCCUGAGGUUUUCUCAAGUGUUGAGGUUUAUAAAAAAAGCUGAUAUCUCGGCCUCUGUCCCAUAUUUUUCUGAACACUCAAAACAUUAUUGAAAACCAUGAACAAACAAACUCAAAUGAAAUAAAGCGGCUGUAUAGGUUAUGAUUUGAAAAAACAACAACAGUCUAGUUGAAAUGAGUUCUUGAGGUCAUGCAUCUUUUCUGGCUUUUACUCGAUAUGAUUGGCUCGGGUAAAAGUUUAAAAAAGCUGCUUUUUUUAAUUAACAGAUUUGUAAAACAGAAACUUUGCACAUUACAAACCAAGUAAAACCAAACCGGUACAAAACCAGCAAGGAGAUAAAGAGAAAAAUCAAGCAAACUUUACAAGAAAGCCAGAGAGGCAGCUGUGAUUGGACGAGAGCACAGCUGAGAGAGAAAGGAAGUGAAGAAGCAGAGAGGAAAAGAUGGAGUCAGCAGUGCCACGCUGGCAGGAAGGCCCUCUGCUGGCACUUUGCCAACCAGAGGGGGGGUUGUUGGUGUUGGUGGUGAAGAGGGGUUACACAGUCUUAAGAUAAGACGGUCGAGAAAGGGCCAGAGGGUUAUCCAUGCCGCAUAGCACCUGCCCUGGACACGGUUAAAGGCACAAAGCAGAAGAUCUGGUGGAAAGUUAAUCUAUCCUUGACCCCGUGGCAGACUACAGUGUGUUAUCCUCCAUGAGGAGCAAGUGAGACGGAGGGAGAAGAGGGCAGAGAGAGGGCAGAGGGCUGUCUAACUUCAUCUUUUCAGGGGAGAGGAAAAACUGAACAGAAAUCUACCAAGAUACACUCUUCCUCUGAGCAGAGCAACAAUAUCAGCGGAGAAAACAGAGAAUCCUUCAAAGCGGAAGCGAUCUGCAGCUCAGUCUUGAUCAUUCAGCUUUGACUUUGACCCACACAGACAGAUCUUUAUCUGCAAUGCACAAACAAUUCAAUGAGUUGGCUCUAUUCAUUCCCCUUACAAUCGUCUCCUUAUUUCCCUCACGUUUACACUCCCACACUUGUGCACCCAGUCACCCCCAUCAACACUCCCUCCCUCAUAACCACAACAAAGUGACCUCGCCCCGGCUGUUUUUCAUUGGUUUCCCUCAUGAUGAAAACCAGGCAGCCGGACGAUUUGAUUGGAUUAUGCAGGGAAAUCCCGGGGAAACCCCUCCCACCCUUUAUGUUCAUAGCAAAACACGAGUAUCCUAUUUCCACAAUGUUGCCUGCCUGUUGCAUCAGACUAAAACAGAGUUAAAUAGACAUUUCCGCUGUGCUGGACCAUUCCUGACUUUGGAUUCCCUUUGCAGACAGCAUACUCCAGCGACUAACCGGUGCAGACCGAGUUUUAGACCGUCUUUAGAUAGUAGUUGAACUUAUUUGCAGAGUUUCAGCAGUGCUACUUUAGUUUUGACUUUUUUUCAGAGCAGUAAAAGGUGCAGCUUUAGAUGCAUCUUUUACCUUUUUAAUCCUUUUUUUUUUUUUUUUAUUUCUCCCCCCUUUUUUCUUUGCCUAUUUUAGAUAAUGUUCAAUAGCUUUUGCUCUGAACACAAUAACAAAACAGUCAGCUUUGAGUUGGAUCAGGAAAAGCUUAGUUGCUUUAGAUUCCACAGGCCUAAAACAAACUUAACUAUCUGUCGAGCGAGAGAAAGAAAAGAUGCUACUUAAAAAGAAGAGGUGAGUUUGAUGCUGCAGGGUGGUGUCCUUCUUUGCCCUCGUCCCUCCAUAACAGUCACUUUACUGACCGCCUGUUUUUUUCUUUUUUCUAGACCGUCUAUCGUCUCAGACGAGGAAAAAUGGUGAGUGAAGUUGCUUUUGUUGGAGUGUAAAUGUUUGCAUGCGUGUCAUUUGAGUGUGUUUUGGUACACAUGUGGUUAAUGUAACACAUGUAUGCUCUCCAAGUAUGGGUGUGGUCACACCACAACAAUUUUGCACGCCGGCUUAUGAGCACAAAUGUUUGUCAAAGAAAGUUUUUUGCAGUAGAAAAUGUCUUUUCUUAGCGUAUACGUCUUUUCUCUUUGUUUUUAAAUGAAACACUGAAAAGCUGGUGAGUGACACACAUGCAUUAAAAAGAUGUUGAAUGUGUUGCACAUAAAGUCAGUGACCAAAGUUUGUCGUGCAAGUUUUAUUUUUUCUGGUAUAGUUCUGGUCCUUUGUGGUUCGAGUUCUUUGUGUUAGAUUCAAUGUAUUCACACAGAACUCUCUGUAAAACUGACUGGUGAUGCAAGACACUUCUGCUUUUGUUCUUGUGCACAUCCCCAGAGGCUCCUCCCUCAGGUCCCUUUUUUUUUCUUCUAACUGCUCGUAUUUCCCUCGGCUUCUCUUUGGUGUUUUGUGUUAACUUUCUUUUCUCCUCUCUGCUCUUUUCAACUCCUCCCAUUCUGGACAUCUUGAAUUCCCACCUCCUUACAUCUACCAUCCUCGUUUUUUGUUCCCACAUGCCUCCUUCAUUUGCAAACUCAAUUUUGUGCAAGUCUUUCAGCAUCAUCAUCACCGACAUCAGAGACUAUGCAAAUACACCGAGGACAGAAAACCAUUAUACUUUUGCCGAGGACUGAAUUUAAACUAGAUGAGUUAGUUUUAAGAAAAAGGAGAAUUUUAAAAAGUAUUAAAAAUGAUUUAUCUCUCACUUUUGUUAAUUUUCUUCUCCUGUAGUCAAUCCAUCUUUGCAGCAGUGGUCUUCUACAUGAAGCACCUUGGUGUUAAAUCCAGGGCAGUCGACAGUAAGAAGUCCAGAGGAGGCUUCUUCAGGAACAAACUGAAGGUAAACCACCAUAACUAUCUAAUUGUCCUCCUGCUUAAACCUUUAAGGGACAGCGUUCAUAUUUUUGCAGCUAUGAGACUUCAUGUUUUUCUUUUCUCUCUUUCUGGUUUGUUUUACCUCUGCAGAAUAGGAAGGAAGAAUCCUCAAAGGCCAAACCAAGAGGAGGGUUUCCGAUCCCCAGCUGGAUGGCAGGCAACAGUACGUGUCUCAAAGUCGCAAACAUCUCACAUCUAUACAUUUUCUAGUAUUUUUUUAAACUUAUUUUGGAUGUUAUUUCACAAUAUCUAUGUGUACAAUCUCUUCAUCUACAAAUUCCAAGCACUAUAAGCAGUAUCUGUGAAUGUUGAUGUCCAUGAAUGAUCUGUACUUGAGAACCUGUUGUCCUGCCCUUCUUUCCCGCUACAGCUGAGGUCAAACCUAAGACAGAGGCUGAAGGUACUAGUCGUCAAAAGUCCCCCUCUCCCUUAUGUGAAAAAUGAUCACAUCCCUACUAAUUAUUUCUAAAGCAUGUCUGCAUGUCCCGAAUCCAUCUGGGAGGGGAUGGGAGUGAUUGUUUGAAGAAUUAAUUCAACACUGUGGUUCUGUAAUCAUCAGAGAAACUCACACACUUACACCAUCUGCAGGCUUGUGGGUGUCCUCUCGUACUAAACUAACCCUCUUAUUCACUACAGAGGCCCUAAUUUCACCACACUCAUCCUGUUUGUUUGUCUCUUUUUUACGGGCUGAAGUGCUUGUGGGUCGACUUUUUCUGCAGCUGCUUCAUCUUUAGUUCGGCUCUCUUAAACAUUUCUUUUUUUUUUUGUAAAUCUUCAGCGGAAAAGGAGAAAGUGAAUCCUGAACGUAAGGGUCUGGCUCCGGGCAGAGGGUCUUUGACCGACUCUGCAGCUCCUAACCUCCCUAGCAAGAAAUCUGGUUCCAGUGGAAGCCCCGCCUCCUUGACAGGGUUGGAGGUCAGCGAUGGGUCAGGCAACAACAUCAUCACAGCCAACAGCCCUGAGUCUGCACACACGGACGGUAAGCCUGUUCUUAGAGAUUGUUGGAUUGAAUGUGCCACUUCUGUUGAGUUUGAGGAGAGUUUGAAGUGUUUGUUUAUGACCAGCUGAUAAAAUAAAGACUAGAAAUAGACGGAUAACAGAUCUGCAACGGUGUAUGGACUGGCAUAAGGAGAUCUGGAGGUAAAUGUGUCUGUUAGAUGACAGUAAUCGUUGAUGUGUUCAGCAUCAUCAAAGUGUCACCACAGGAAGGUCGAGAUCAGCUGAUUCUUGGGGAUGAUGAACUCGUAACAGCUGUACUUUUAUAAAGUGUGACUACAUAUUAUAACAAAUGGACAAAUGUGACGGUUGAAAUGAUACAUCUGGAGAGGCUCAGCAUGCAGAAUAAUACACAGAAGCAUCAGGGUCGUGUGUUUGGAGAAGUCUUUGUGGUUUCUCUGUGAGCUUCUCACUGAAUCACAUCUAAUCUACACUCAAGUAGUAAAACUGUAUCCGCAAGGAAACAGUGAUUACAUACCCUGAUGUUAAAGCUACAGACUGCAUAAAUAAGUGGAUUAUAAACAGUCACUGGUGUAAACAGAAUAAAUGGCUCCUGAUGUGGCACUAGAGGCAGAAAUAAAUAAUAAGUGCACUUUAAAGUCCCACUCCGAUUGUUCUUUUAAACUACUUAAAGUGUUCUCAGUGGUCUUUAAACUGUGAUUUUGAAGUUUCGAGCCAAAACCACGUCACCUUUGUCAUUUUUAAAGGCUUUUCUUCAGCAGAGCUCCAGUAGAUCAUUAGCAAAUCACCUCUGAGUCAUGGGUGGAGACAGCGCUGCUCUGCACACUUCUCCUCCCGUUAGCUUGCAACCUAGGGUAGUAGAAGUAGCAGGUAACAUAGGAGAUAUUCAGCUCUCGGACACUAAUGUCUUUAGGGACAUGAUUAAAGCUAAUAUCACAAUUAGCUUUCUUAGCUUUCUUGUUCUGCGAUCAUCCUCUCUAUUUCUCCAAAACUGGCCUGCUUAGCGGGGCUCCGGGGGGCGGAGCUUUGAUUUCCUACGUAGGAAAUCUCACUGUAUCUGAACCCGCUGUUUGGGUCUGCCAGAGAUUCACAGCAAUUUGAAUGCAGAAAUACUCAGAAAUACAAUUUUCGCGCUUAUUUUUCUUAUGAUAUGCCCUGUAGCAUUAGAAAAAUACCAUGUGAACUUGUAAAAACAAGAAAAACAUGAUUUUCAUCGGAGUGGGUCUUUAAAAAGCCAUCAUUGGGCGUAAAGUUGGGAUUAAAAAGUCACGCUCCUUCCUGCUUUCACUUUACUGUCCAUUUGUUUUUGUUUUUUUCUACUUUUAUGGAAUAAAACAGAAUAAAUUAGAUCUCUAAGCUCAGCUACAUUUGAGUUUUUAAACCUUCUCUAAAAUUACUUUUUAAAUGUUCUUUUACAAAUGAAUUCAGAAGCAGUGAAAGUAGAACUGAUUAUUUGCAAAUUUAAGUGUAAUUUGGUCUACAUUUGUAAUUAGUAACCCCUCAUUUUCUUUGUCACACCUUCUUCUGAUCUCACAGGUAGCUCAAGCAAUCGCUUAGAGCCCCCAGCCCUGUCAGACGGGGGUGAUUCGUCACCUGUGGGGCCGAUUGGAGGGCUGUCCAUCGGGGAGACUUUCUCACCCAGUGAAACCCCCACAGAGGAGAAUCUGGAGAAAGAGAGGUGAGGAGGGUUUGAGGGGUAAUCAGUAGCAUCCAGGGGGUGAUAUUAUUCGAUACACUGCUGUGUAGUGGUUAUAGUGGAAACCGUAGGAUAAGUGACUGUAUUUAGAUUAAAGUUGGACUCUGUGGGAGAAGUUGUGUUUAAAGAAACUGGAGGUGUCUGAAGCGCUCAGGCUGAGGGAGCUUGGUAAAACUCCCCCAGCUGUCUGUCCCUGCUGUAUGCAAGCUUCUGUCAUGCUGCCCGUUGCUCGCUCGCUAACAGAGUCUGUAGAUCUGUGACGGACCCUCAACAUGUGAACUUGGACCGGGUCUUCCCUACUAGGCCCUUUGCCCCUCCCUUCCCUCUCCCUCAUGCUCUCCACCUGUUUCCUCUUCACAUUGAAACAUGAACUUUUCCUCUCUCCAGUUUCUCGUAUCUUUCCUCUGUGUGUUUCUUGUUUGCUUACCACUGAGUUUACAACAGAGCUACAUCGCCGUAUUCGUUGCACUUAGGCUUUGUUUGUGCCGAUAAAUACAUUUUCUAAAGUUUUCACAUAAAAUAUAAGACAUAAUGUUGGUGACUUCUUCUAGAUUAAGAUAUUUGAGAUAUUUACUCCUGUAGCAGGUGAUGCUUUUAAGCCAGAGAUUUGUGCAGACAUGUAAGAAAGGUUAAUUUUAGACGAGUCAAUAUUUGUUUUUCACCACUUUUACAUCAUAAACCUUAAAAAAAAGUAUUUGUAUUUAAAUUCAUGUUGCUCGUCCCAUGUGCUUUUCAAGGUGUCUGCAUCUAUUACGGCCAGAGCCUGUCCUCUGUCCUGCUUGUCUCCACAGUGUGUGCGGUUCCAUGUUGUGCCAGGGGCUUUGGCAUUGUUGUAUCUGGCAUGCUACUCUGAGAAUGGUAUCAAAGUGUUCAGCAUAUCAUGUUGGAGUUUGCAGUUGCAUGUUAUGGUUGUUACUUUGGCUUGCAAUGGUUGGAAACAAAAAAAAAAAAAGAAGGCGGGCGAGUAACAAUGUGGUGUCCCGUGUUUUCACAGAAGGAAGAGGUGGGUGUCUGCGCCUUGGCAGAGUCAUGGACAUGCUUCAGGCCUUAAACUGUUCAAACAACACUCACACAAACCAAACAAACCGUUAAAAAAGCCACACAUUUGAGCCCCGCAUUACUGAAACAUUACACAAACACAUGGCUAAGUAUCAUGUUCUGCCUGUGAAGGAUUUAGUUUGAUUGUUGAGGUCAGUUGGAUUAUUUUUACUCGAUGUGAAUGCAGAUUGAGUGGAUCUUGAGAAAUGAUGAUCUCCAUGAACAUUUAAGUUGGUAGAAACAUUCUUUAGAUGCAAUGCAUGGCUACUUUCUGUACUUGUUUAUAUAUUUGUUCCUAGUUUCUCAUCAGUAGUGUUGAUUGUAUUCAUGUGGAGCCAUGCCUGCAGUAUAUGAAGCAUAUUCUGUAUGUUUCAUUGUCUAAAGAGUUGAUGCAUGUCAUAUGUCAUGCAUAUUCACUUUGCAUGAUCACUAAUUUUCUCUUUCUUUUUUUUGAUGUGACUCUUCUUUUUUGUAAUUCCUCUUUUGCUCUUCUUAUAAUCAUUCAUCUUUCCUCACUCUAUUCUACUUUCCUUCCCUUAAAAAUCUCCUUUUCCUUCUUCUGUGGAAUCUGUUUUUUUCCACAAUUUUGUACUCCCUCUUUUCUCUUUCGUCCGGUCCUUUCUCGUAUUAUUCCCCUCUCUAUGUUUUCCAUCCAAACUCCCUUCACCCUCUACUCUGUCGUACCUCACCUCCCCGUCCUCUCCCACCUUCCCCUCUUGCAGUAGGAAAGUGGGGCGUAGCGAGAGUGCCCGUAUGGACCGGCACUCCUCUCGGCGCCGUGGCUCUUCCCGGGCCAAACAGUCUCGCUCCCGUAGCGAUGUGGACCUCCAGCCACCAUCCACUACGACAACAUCACCUGCCCCGCUUACCCCCCAGCACCUCCAUCCGUAAGAUGGACAAAUGCCCUCUUAAAGUCUCUGAUUUGAGGGGUGCACAGCAGGGACAGACAGUUAAAAUCCGAGGCAGUUAUAAUUAUCAGACCGACAUGCUUACUGACUCACUUGUGACAGACAGGCAAUGAUGUAGAGUUUAACAGCUCUCCCAUUUCCGUUGACAAGUCAGAAGGUAAGCUUUUAAGCUCAGAGAAAUAAUAACCGAGUAAAGUCGAAUUCGACUGUAAGGUGAACAUUUGCCUUCAUUCAUUAUUUCACUUGCCUUCAUUAAACUCUAAAUCCUCAUGAUCAAAUGACAGGAAGGUAAAGAAAACUUUAGAGAGCUUAAAGUGUUCUUAAAGAUAUGAUAUGUGAUUUUUAAAGUACAGUAUUAUAAGGUGAUUGUGAUAGCAGGAAAUGUUACACAUUCACUAGAUGACAGUCAGCAUGUCUCGUGUUUGGAGAAGCUGAUUAGUGCUCCUACAUUGAAGUAAAGCUAUGAACAGAAGCAUGAGGUCAUGAGAAACCCUUACUCGUAUUUUCACUGCUUCAUCUUGAGAUUAGACGGCCCUUUUCUUCAUUACCAUGUCAGCUGUUUGGGUCUGAUAGUGCAGAGUCCAGAGUGCACAGGGAUUAAGCUGCACAUGAUAUAGAUUAGCCAGAGUUCUGUUAAGUGCUGGUGCCUCUUCUAAUAACUGAUCAGUGCAGCUGUAAUGGUUCUGUGUACGUAGAGGAUUGAAACACGGGGAGGGCUGUGAGCAUCAAGAUGAAGUGGUGAAAUUAUCCACAAACACAGCGCUCAGCUUAAUCUGAGAUGUUGUUUGACAUGAAGUGGCUCGAGUGCGUGGUGUUUUCUUUUCACAUAGCCUAGCCUCAGUAAAGCUAAGUUCUGAGGAGCGUCGGUCAGCUCCUCUGGGCAGGGACCAUGCUGACUUUUUUGACUGAUUAUUUGUAUUUCACCAUAAAUCGAGUUUUUUUCUUUCAAAGAAAACCAUACAAAGAAAAAUAGAUUAUAUAAAUGCUUAUAAAUCACAGCCAACGACUUAAACUAGUCCCACUUGAGUGUGUUGUGACUUGGCAGCCACCUGGGUCAUACUUGAACCUUGCUCCCGUAUGAAUGACUCUCACACAGCUUUUGUUUCUCAGUCCCGAGGGACCAGUUUUAAAUCCAGAGGGGCCCGGACACUCCCCCACCAGCCCCUCCCCUCAGCUGGAGGAGAUGGAGCCCCGCCUCCUGGAGUUUGAGCAGGACCCACCCAACUGGAGGGAGCUGGCCCCUCCUGAAGCCCUGGGUGGUCUCAGCAAAAAGGAGACCAAGAGGCAGGAGAUCAUCAAUGGUGAGAAGUAGAGGCCACAGCGUAUGAUGAAUAGAGAGCAAAUGUGCAGAUUGACGCCCCCUGGAGAGAUGAAUGUUGUUGACCGGUUGCUUCUCUAGUUAUACCAACUUUAAUAGCUCAGAACAGCACCUAAGUUCAUCAACAGUACAUAUAGGGUCCCAGCCAUAGUAAUCCAUCCAGCAACCGCUUGUUUGUAGCGAGACCUCGGGCCAGUCCAUUACGGACUACAGCGGGGUGACGCAGCUCAAGGAAGAACAUUUAUUUCUUCAUGGAAAUGCAAUCAGACCAAGACGCUAAGGCAGAAGAACUACCGUGUCUGCCGUGCAAAAUGAUUAUUUUAUCAUGAUUAUUUCUUCAAGGAAAUGAUAAAGUAAUGAUCAUAAAUGUUCCUCCUUGAGCUGCAUCACCCCACUGUAGUCCGUAAUGGACUGGCCCGAGGUCUCGCUACAAACAAGCGGCUGGUGGAUGAGAGUAGGUGAGUUGUGUUUAGUCUCUUUGCAAAAGAAAUUAUGCAAAGGUGGCUGGAACCCUGUAUGUACUGUAGAUUAAGUUAGGUGCUGUUCUGAGCAUUAUUUGUGAGAGUGGCGUUUUGGUUGAGGUUUGUUUAUGGCUCCUCAGACCUCUGUGUAUUGCUAUGGUGCGGUCGUUACUAAAGUUGGUAAAACUAGAGAAGGAAGCGGUUGCCGACAUUCAUCUCUCAGGGGGGGUGUCUAACUCUGUGUUACGGUGUGUUUCACCCUAAAUUAAUUUUACGCCGGAUCAUCCCUUUAAGCCGAGCUACAGUGUUGGAUCUCCCUGAUUUGUUUCUAUUCCCUCUCCACUCUCAGAGCUGUUUGCAACUGAGCAUGCCCACGUGCGGAUGCUGAGUGUCCUGCAGAUGAUUUUCUCCAGGCCUUUGGAAAGGGAAGAGCUCCUGACAUCCACCGAGUUGGCUACCAUCUUCCCCAACCUGGACGAGAUCAUUGAAAUGCACUGUGAGUGGAGCUGCCAAGAGGCUCGGCUUGUGUUUGUGUUCUCCCAGAUUCAUGCACUCAGACUUGGCUGCUAAAACUCUCCUUUCACACCGAGCGGAUCAUGAAAAUAAACUUGAACUGUGAAAUGAAGCCGUUUGUUUAUAUCAAGGACAUGUAAACUCUGACUAUUUGGAUAACUGGGUGUGACAAUGUGCCUUAGCACCCAGCCCUCAUCAUUUGUUUGUCAUACUCAACGUCUCUGCAGGUUUCAACAAAUCAGAUUUAAGAGCACUUGAGACUUUUUUAAGACCAUAAUGAAUACAAUUGAAGACCCAUUUUACAUCCAUACUGGCACUAGAGCACAAAAAGAAAUGAACAUUUUACAUUACUUCAAAUCAAUCUUUAUUUGUAAGUGAAGGCCUUUUAAAAUCGACACUUUAUGAGAUUUUAAGAGAAUUUAAAACAUUCUAAGACUUUCAAUUCAAAUGAUUGGAUUUUAGACAUUUAAAGACUUUUUAAGACCCUGCAGAUUUCCUGCUACUGUUUUAAAGUAAAUAACUGGUGUGUUUCCCUCUGACUGUGAUUCCAGAUAACUUCUACGAGAGCCUGAAGAAACUGCGUUUGGAUGAUAACUUCAUAGUGAAAUCCAUCAGCUUCACGAUGCUCAACAGAGUAAGUCUUCAUCGUUCUCUCUGUAUUAUUCUGUUACCUUUUACUCUGAGUAACUCCAACCAAUGAGUGCUGACAAUUUAACAUGAUUAAGUGGCAAAUCUAAUUUAGUAGUCAUAACAAGAGCUUGAAGCUAUGAAUCAGCAGUAUAUUAAUUAAAAGUCUCGUAAUCUGUGCUUUCCCCCGGUUAAUUUUCAACCUGCAUAACUCUUAAUUCCUCUCGUACUUUAGUUCUAGCAAUGUGACAUGGUGUUAUAAUGCGUGUGUGUGUGUGUUUUGUGUGUGUGUGUGUGUGUGUGUGUGUGUGUGUUCCAGUUUGGAGGCACAGAGGGGGAGUGGUUCCAGAAACUGACAGCUCGGUUCUGCAGUCACCAGUCGUGGGCCUUAGAGCAGAUCAAGAACAGACAGAGGAGGGAGCCCCGCUUCAACUCCUUUAUUCAGGUUAAACACACAAACACACAAACACACAUGCACGUCUACAUACACACACACACACACUGAGAUGAACAGACUGAGAAAUAUUUUUAUAGAUUUAACAGAAAGAUACACACGGGUGGGUGCAGUUACUUCUUGCAGCAUGGACAUGCAAGAGAUAACACAAGUGGUUUGAUCAUGUACCUUUAUCCAGACACUCUGUGUGUGCGCGUGUGUGUGUAUGUGCUCGUGUGUCUGUGUGUGUGUGUUUUGAUCCCAGGAGGCAGAGAGUAAACCCCAGUGCCGCAGGCUGCAGCUCAAGGACAUCAUUCCCAUAGAGAUGCAGAGAUUGACCAAAUACCCAUUACUGCUGGAUAAUAUUGCCAAGACCACAGGUGUGUGUGUGUGUUGUAGUUAAUUUUUUUGUGUAGUAGACAGUGUGCACUUGUGCACUGAUACAGUUUCUAAAUGACAAAGAAUAACUUCAUUGUACUUAAUAUGUAUAUAUAAAAUAGUAGUAUUGUUGAACAAAAUCACUUUUUGUUUUAUAUCAGGAGAUUAAAAUGUGUCGAGGUGUAGUUAAUUAUUUAGUAAACUGUGUACUUAUCAGUGAAAUAAACAGACCGGAUGUUUUUGUCACAUUUAACCUACUUCUUAACAGUUUGAGACAUUUUAUUACAUUAAUGCAAAAUCAUAGAAAUAUCUAAAAAAAAACCUAAAAGCAGUCAGAGCCUCCACUUUGCAGCAUCAGGUCAUUCUUGGCCAAGCAGUUUUAACAUCGUCCUCAAGCAGGCAGCUUCUUUCUCACAUCUCUUUCUCCUCCCUCCACUCUGUCUACUGUCUUACUAUCUUCAAAAUAAAAGCAUAAAAGCCCAAAAAUCGAAUAACUUAGAAUUUGAGUGGUCCAAUAUUUUCACAGUUAUAAAAAGAAUCAAGUAGUGUUUUAGAGAUGCCACUUUAAAAAGUAAAAAAGUGAAAAAUCUACUAUUUACAAGAAACAGAAAUUAAAACACAGAAAUAACACAGCUGUAAAUCACUGCCACACUACAAACAUACACCUCAGUCUAUUUCAGAACAGAUAAAUGUUGUUUUUAUUUCUCCCCAAGCUUAAAGCACAUCAACAACACACUUACACAUCUGUGACUGUCCAUCCCCAGUUCUUGUGCACGCUCAUGAUUUAUAGCUUUUGUUUGGGCUGAGCUGUGAAAGCUGUAUUUUCCUAACCUCUGUGUUUUCUGUCUCUCCACAGAGGACUUGGCGGAGAAAGAGAGGAUCCAGCAGAGCGCAGAGUGCUGCAAAAAGAUUCUCAACCAUGUCAACGAGGAGGUCAAAGUGAUGGAGAACCUAUUGGUGAGAAACACGCAAUCCAUCACCGGGCACACUGUUAUGUGGUGAUUGAGCACCGAUUGGAGUCUGGUUAAUUCAUUUUGAGGCCUCUGAAGGUCUCUGCUUGUUAGAUUUCUUCUGCUUCAGAGCUGCGCUGUCUGUCCUCUUUCUGACCCCCUCACCUCUCUCCUUGUCUCUUCUUAGACUCUGAAGGACUACCAGCGAAGAUUGGACACAUCAGGGCUCAAACCCAGUAAUGAGCUUUACACUGAAUAUAAGGUGAAGAUCUUUCCACAAAGUUUGUUUGUUCACACUUUUGUACAUAAGUUCUUGGAUUUUUUUCUUUUUAUGCUUUCAGUAUCAUUAAUUAUUUUCUUUCUGUCCUUUCAAGAAUAUCGACCUGACCCAGAAGAAGAUGCUUUACGAAGGCCCGCUGACCUGGAGGGUCACAAAGGAAAAGGCGAUUGGUAAAUUAGAGUCUUUGAAUUGAUUGAUUUUAUUGUGUACAUUCAGGAAAACUUCUGCUGUUUCUGCUGCAGGUGAUUUCCAGAACAAAAAUCUUACAAAACUCUGUUAGAUAAUAAUUUACAUGAAUCAGCUUUCAGUCCAACUCUGUCAAGCAUGUUCAUAAUACGUUGUUGCUUAGAUACACUUUGUAUUUUCAUCUACCACAAGCGGAAACCCCGUCUCAGACCUUUAUCAAGCUGUGUUUUACAGCAUACCAGCAUUUCAGAUUUCAUUUCCCUUUUUCAGAUGUAUAGACUAAGAUUUGCUUAUAAAAAAAAACAAACAGCUGCAGAGCGGGGGACUUUCAUCAGAUCGCACUGGUCCAUCGACUUUGUUUUUUUUCUUUUGCAUCAGUUUGAAUUCAUUCCUGUUAUCUUGGUUUCAUUCAAAUGCUCUCGACUUUAUUUCUGAAUUGGAAACUCUUACGCAGCACUUUUCCACCUGGAUCCGCUAAUAACAUAUGAGACAGAAAAUGAGGGUAAAGCUGCCAUUAUUAACAUGAAAAGAAAGCCAAAGGCCAUAAGCCGUAACAUUUAUUAUAAAUCACAUGAUACAACAUAUUAAUCUAACAAGUGUGACUAAACCACUCUGCCUUGUCUCUGUCUUUUGCUGUUUCUUUGCUGCUCCACCUCUUCUCCCCUCUUCCUCUCUGCCUCCAGACGUGCAGUGCGUCUUGCUCGGGGACCUGCUGGUGCUGCUGCAGAGGCAAGACGACAAAAUGGUCCUCAAAUGCCAGAGUAAGAGCAACAUCGCCGUUCAGGAGGGCAAGAUGAUGCUGAGUCCCAUCAUCAAGCUGGACUCAGUUUUCCUACGGGACGUUGCCACAGGUCGGCUCAAAGAAAUCUCACAGAUAAAUACAGUCACUUCAAUUGCGCGAUCAAUAUUCAGUUCAACCCUCCAUUUUUCUUCCUCUGGCAGAUCGAAAGGCCUUUUAUGUCAUAUUUACCUGGGACAGCGGCGCCCAGAUCUAUGAGCUGGUGACUCAGUCUCUUGGAGAGAAAAAGACGUAUGUGUCGGGAGGAAAACAUAAUAAAUCAUGUUUGUUUUCCUAGAGAGUAGAUUACAGGAAGAGUUGUCUGAUUUGUGUGUUCGUGUAUGUUCGUGUGUGUGUUUGCAGCUGGACCGAUGUGAUCAAAGCAGCAGUGGAUGACCUGAAGAAGAGCGGAGCACCCAUGAGGUUGACGCUCCCUCCUGGAAGUGGAGGAGUUCCCUUCAGUCCCUCCUCGUAAGUGUCACUCUGUGUGUGUGUGUGUGUGUGUGUGUGUGUGUGUGUGUGUGUGAAACAAGCUGUAUUCUUUUGUGCAAAAGUUCACCCGUCUUAAAAUAUCUCAUUUCUUUUGUCAUUUUCUUUCCGUCAGACUCAGCGCCCCUCUGAGCCCGACAGAGAAUGGAGGUUUAAAAAGCGGCAGUGGUGAGAGCGUAGAGCUUUAAGAUUAAAAAGACUGUUUUGUUUUGUUUUCCACGUUUUUAAAAGCUCGAACCAAACCGAAGCUGAGUUUACUGUCCUGAUAACUGUCCUUAGAUCGAGACAAGGACAGCCUGACGGAUGACAAGCCCACAGACCACCCGCACCGGCUGAUUGAUUUCCUGUCAGACAAAGGCUUCGACUUGAUAGGCCACACUAACAGUGAUCAGGAGAGGGUGGCCAGUAGUGCUUUGGAUGAAGGUGAAUGGAAGCCCUUUCUUGUGUUUUAAGACCAUUUACUUUCCUUUCUUUCACAGCGGCUCACCUGUCUUUCAUAAACCUCCCAAAUCUGCUUCUCUGUGUCAGUGAUGUCGCUAAAAAGGCUGCUGAUCGGCAGCAUCAGCCUAUCAGAAGACUCGCAGCCUGAUGAAGAAAACGGAGAGGACCAACCAGAGAGGCCCAGCCAAGAAACAGAGAGAGAGAGUCAGUCUACAGGUAGGAAUAUGUUGAGUUGACGAUUUCUGAAACUCUGUGACCAUAAAGCCAACAGUUGCUUUGCAUAAUGUUUAACUGCAGGUGAUAAAUCCGUAAGCAUGUAUAGUGAUUGAUUUUCUCAAAGUCUGGUCAGAUGCUGCAGGUUUACUAAUAUUGGACAUUCACACUCGCAUGAUUCAGUGCAGCAUCAAAACUGUACGUUGUCAGGCUUUAAGGGCGGACUGCAUCACACAAGGGAUGAGCAGAUUUUAAGGGCUGUUGGAGGUGCUGAUGAGCACAAGCUCGGCCAGAAGCUUCUGCCUGUUUACAGUCUUGAUGCUCGGCUGUGACCGCCUCACCCUGGCUGUAGUUUAAAUUAAAUGAAAGGUGAAAUCGUGUUAUUUAUCUCCUCAUCUCAUUGUCUCUGAAAAAGGUCAAACUCUUCUUUUUGAAUAAAAUCUGAUGUUUUUGUCUGAUUUUUUUUCUAGUGACUGUAAAACCCCAUUAAAAUAGUGUUUUCUUUUCAACGUGUAACAAACACAAACAGAACAAAUUCAGUCCAAAUAUGAAAAGCCUCAACCUCUUUAAUUUUUAAAUAUGUUAUUUUGUCCUCCAACUUCCUGCCUGUUUUCACCUUAGGCUGUAGUUUCUUUUUUUAACCAUUAUUCAUCACAUUUGUAAUGGCAUGUUCAAAAUUCUGUUAUUUUGCAUUUCCAGCAGCUUUGAAGUCCAUAUUAACAACAUGAAGCUAGUCUUAUCAUAGUUUUGAUCUGGAAAUCAAAUAACAAAUACAGUUAUUUCUGCUCUAAACUAGGGCCCGACCGAUAUGGAUUUUUUGGGGCCGAUACCGAUUAUUGGGGGGGGGUCCGAUUACCAAUUACCGAUUAAUCUGCCAAUUUAAAAUAAAAAAACAUCAAUAAGUGAGUUGAACUGAAACUUGUUGACUUAUUGUGUAUUUCACAAACUAGUUUAUUUACCGUUUAGGUGGUUAGUGGAUGAAGAUUGUCAUGAGGUCGCUGCGCCAUCUACAGGAUAAGUCGGGGAAUCUUUUCACGUGGCAAAACGUUUUCGAAGUGAAACAGAAUCUUAUUCUCCGCAUUUUAGUUCUGAAAAUAUCAGCGAGUUUUGGCCGAUUACCGAUUAGUCUCAAACGGGCCUAAUCUGGACUAAAUUUGUUAAAAAUUCAUGCUGCUCUGUUACACCAGUGAGGUCUGAAAGCAUGACAUAGAGAGAGGAGACAGCUUUGUAAUGUUUCAUCCGUAUGUCUGCUUGCUUUUGAGAAGUCCGAUCAGCUGUUCCUGUUUUCUCGACUCAGAGAUGGUUGCUGUAAAUCAAAGUACUGUAAUAUUUUGAAUCCAUUUAUUUUGACACAAAGUGCAUAUUACUUUUUACGAGCCAUCUCUGGGUUUCUGAAAGCGUUUUUUCAAGAGUGCAGUGGUGUCAUUAUUUUCUGUCACACUGCUGCAGCUCAACUACAGUGUGGUUAAAGGGAGAUAAUAGCAUGCCAUUAAUUUUGGGCCUUAAUUGCAGCACAAUUAAUACUUUUACACUAGCAUUCGCAUUAAAAGAUAAAAAGUACAGUUCAAAGAAGUAAAACUUUAUCAUUAAAGGUUUAAAUAGUGUUUAAUAUCAUAGUAACUCAUCCGAAUAUCCUGUGAUCCAACUUUAAACAGACUCAUAGCACUUCUUAACAGAGUCUAUUCAUCCACAGAAGACAACCAGAACACAGACAGAGGAGCAGAAGAGGAGAACGAGAUCUCUUGUGAAGAAGAAGGAACAGGGAUGAAAGGAGAGGAGGAGAGGAGCAUCAGCGCGCCUCUGGUUCUGUCCCAGGAGAGGAUGGAGGAAGUGUGCAAGAGGCUCCACAGUCUGCAGGAACAAAUAAAGAGACUACAGGUGAGGGGAGGUGAACGGAGAACGAGAGAGAUGAGAACAUAGAGAACACCUAGCCGGGAGCAGAGAGUAUGACAGCGGAGGAUAAAGAUGAGAGACAUAACAAAAGAUGGGAGUCGACUGAAAAGAGACACACAGCAGAACAUGGAGGAUUUCACUGAGGAUAACUUAAGUAAGGAGUGAGCGGUGGUGUAGUUUGGACAAAUGGGGCCAAAAUGGCACAAAAGAGAAACUAGAGAAUAGAAAACCAUUUAACCACAGCUGUUAUUGCUCGGCUCAAAAUUGCUUUGUGAAAUUGGACUUCUCUGAAAAUGGCUAUUAUGUCCAGCACUUGCAAUGGGAUGUGUCAGAGAAGCAGCGAGAGAGACGAAGAGAGGAUGUUAAGAGGAGGAGGUAGAAGUGUGUGUUUGUGUUUCUGUGUGUGUGUGUGUGUGUGUGUGUGUCCAUGUGUGUGAGGGAGCCUGGGAAUACGAGUGUCUGUCCUAAGGUGAUAUUGAUUUUGUGUGUUGCAGACUGUAGAGGAGGAGCACCACAGACUGCAGGAGGCCCUUUCCAAGUUCUCUCUGGAGGGGGGAAACUUCCAGUAAGACACCAUCACGCCACCUGCUGGCCUUUAGGUGAGAGCUGGAGUUAAACUCGAGCAGAAGUAUCAGGAGUCUUUGUCGUGGAUGUAGGUUUGGUUUCAUCAGUGGAAUCAACAGAUUGAUUUUCUAUUCAUCACUCUAGAAAUUAAACCUUUUUGAGAUCAGCUGUCAGGUUUUACAUACCAGGACUCCAACCAAUAAGAAUAAUUGGUUUCUAAAGUUUGUAUCAAAACAGAUGUUAAGUGUUGAUGGGAUACAGUAGUUAGGCAGUAUGAAUUACUUAAGAUUGGUCAUUAUAGAGAACAAGAAAGGAUUUUAAAAAAAGUCAAUAAAUUAACCAAGUUUGGGGAGAAAUGAAGAACAAAUGCAGAGUAGAAAAUUUGACAGGAAUUGUACUGAUUUUUUUUACAUUAAUGCACAAAACUUGUGUUUAUAUUCUGUUUGGUUUACUUGAUAGGGGUGUUGUAUUUAAGAGGAUAUUAUCUAUUGAAUAAAAAUAUUUUUCCCACAAAACAAGGAGUUACAGCAAGUGUUAAAACUAUAGUACAAAAAACUGCAGUUCUUCAGGUCUCCACUUGAGGCAGUCUCAUUAAGUUAAAGAAUCUCUGAUAGGUCUAUCAUUGAAAUGCCUGUUUUUACACCAGAAAUAAAAAUUUACAGCUGAGUUUAAAAGGAAGUUGAGUUCUCUGAUGCUCAAUUUUUAUUCCAAAAAGUGAGUUCGGUUUUCCAACUUCAGUGUUUUCAGCUUCAUUAACCCUCUUCAGAAAUGACUGGGUGAUACCACCGACUAAACCCAUGUUUCAUUUGGCCAAUGCUUAAAGCAAGCACAGUAGUUCUGAGGAGUUUUUUUUAUCAGGCUAAAUACAGUCUAGCCUAGAGGCCAAAGCCUAGGACAGAAAAGUCAUUUCAGUCAUUUCAGUCUUCACCUCUCUUUAUGAACACUCAUCUGUAGACUGUUUGAGUGGUUUUUGAAUCAGUGGGAUCCUGUUCAGUGAAAUUAUAUAUUCAUUUAACCUUAAUUUAACCAGGUAAGAACCCACUGAGAUCAAGAUCCAACUUUUUUUUUUUUAUACCAACUUUAGUAACAGCCGCACGAUAGCAAUACACAGCGGUCUCAGGAGCCAUAAACAAACCUCAACCAAAAUGCCACUCUAUAGCUACAAAUAAUGCUCAGAACAGCACCUAACUUCAUCAACAGUACAUAUAGGGUCCCAGCCAUAGUACUAGCCACCAAACAUCUUUUUUAACUUUGCCUAAUUUCUUUAGCAAAGAGACUAAACACAACUCACCUACUCUCUUCCAACAGCCGCUUGUUUGUAGAGAGACCUCAGGCCAUUUCAUUACAGACUGCUGCGGGGUGAAGCAGCUCAAGGAAGAACAUUUAUAAUAGUCUCUUCAUGGAAAUGCAAUCAGACCGAGACGCUAAGGCAGAAGAACUACCUCGUCUGCAGUGCAAAAUGAUUAAUAUGAUGAUUAUUACUUGAAGAAAAUGAUGAUAAAUGUUCUUCCUUGAGCUGCGCAACCCCGCAGCAGUCGAAAUCAUGCAAAGCUAAAAAGAUUGGUGGCUAGUACUAUAGCUCCUGAGACGGCUGUGUAUUGCUAUCCUGCGGUCGUUACUAAAGCUGGUAUAACUAGAGAAGCAAGUGGUCGGCAACAUUCAUCUCUUGAGGGGGUGUCUAACUCAGUGUUACGGUGUGACCCUAAAUUAAUUUUACACUGAAAUGUCCCUUUAAUAGUGUUUUUGUCGUCAAGGAAACUAACCUUUCUAUUUUCUUUUCUCUCUUGUAGAUUUUUACUGGUGCUGGUUUGAAGUGUAAGAGUCCCUUUCUGCGGCUCACCUGGAAAAUCCCUAAACCCUCAUGCCUGGACCUUACGCUGCCUUUUUAAGGGGCUUUGUGCACAGUGCAGUGGUUCAGUGAUGGAACAUGGGAGGUGCGUGCAGGUGUAAGCUGCGUACGUUUGCGUGCCUGCUUGAUAGAGAGAAAUGCAUAAAAAAAACAGGAACCUCCUACUUUUUGAGCGGGAGGCGGCUUUUGCGGCGAGGUGCAAAAAAACAAAAGAUAAACAAAAACACAAAAACAAAGCAAUAUGUUGCUGUGAGAGGGAUGCUGCCUAAGAAAAUGUAAUGAUUGUGAUCUGCUGUAACACACAUACGCACACCAGAGACAUGCUAGAAAAGGAUUUACAUUGUUGCCAAAAGAGGUUGUACGUUAAAGAGGAACCCUAACCAGGUGGAGCUGAUGUAGCAUUUGAAGAUUUAAUGAAAUACUACUGCUGAUAUUUAGUGUUAUUUCUAGUCUAUGCCAAAGCACCACAGAGAUGCACUUUGUUCUAACCGAACAAGUUGAACCCACACUGUGUCUGCAACAUUUAUUGUGUUUGCUCUCUAUUCAGUUCAGUGCAGGCUUCAUGUAGGCAGCCCGCAUUAUUUAGAAGAUUCAAUUCAAAGACAGUGUGUGUGUGUAUGUGUGUUACAAAGUUUUAAACUGCUUUAUUUGGAGGGUUCUUAUUGUUAUUAGGUCACAUAAAAACAUGUAUAAAUAGAGGCACUGUAGGUAAUCAUGCUGUUUAUAUUGGAUAUUUGUUUGUAUUUACUGCUUUUAUUUAUUCCUCUGAGUUCUGUUGGGUCAAUGUGUUGCCUCACCCGAGUGAAACUGUUACAGCACUGGGCCAGAGUGAGACAGAGAAGUGAGUUACAGAGAGGAAGAAAUAUCUAUAAGAAGGUAAACUCGAGAAUGUGGAUGAAAGAUUAAUGUGGCGGGAGAGAGAGAAGAUGAAGGGAUGAGAAGUGAGUUCAGAGGAAGGUUGAUGUUGCUUUGGUUCAUUUGCAGUGAGGAGGAGUUGUGUAGAAAAAAAUGAGAUUAGGAUUUGCACUCACUGUACUGGAGAAAAUGUAGACACACACACACACCAUCACACACUCACAUGAAACACUUAGAUACACUGAAAGCCCAGUGCCACAUUCACAGAGGUCCACACAGUGACGACUGUCAUCUUCUCCCAUGUCAGCUUCACAGCUCCUGAUCCAAACUCUGGACUUUAGAGGAGAUUAUAAACUGUAUGAUAUGAUGAUCUAGAGUCACCUGAUAGUAGUAAAAUUGAUUUUCUUCCCUUAUCGUGGCAUUUGUACCCAAAUUAAGCUGUCUUUUUUUAUUUUGCUCAGCAGUUGAUUGUAUAAUUACGCUGAUUUGAUUUCUGCUAGGUGGAAAAACUGUGGCUGUGCACACAGGACCAAAGACAUGACAAAGAUCCUCAAACCAGCUGCUUCGUAUCAGGAACGCUUUAUAUUCGUAUUCACACAUUUGCUGCCAAAUGCCCCAAAAUCUAAUGUAAGAUGAAUGAAGUGAAGAGACUUCAAAAGUGUUUGAAGAACAGAGUAUUUGUUCUGGAGAAAAUGAUCCGGUUCAACCUUCUGGUAAAUGUGCUAGUGAGUACAGACAUUAGAAGAGUGUAGACUGCCCAAGCCUCGUGACCAAACCAGGCAAACCAGCCAGUCUAUGAUUUCCUGCUUUCUUUUUACUGAUUUUCAAAAUAUGAAACUCGCAAUACUUGUGACUUAAAGACGGCACUGACUGUUCUGAAGACUUUAAACUCUGUUGGUGUUGAAUGAAACAUGAGGGAGCUGUCCCGGCAGCAGAAAGGACAAGACGACAGACAGUAGAGCCAGACAAGGAAACAAAGACGAGUGUGUAGGAAGGAGAAGUGCUGUCUCAUUCCAUGAUUCCUCUCAGCAGUACUGUAAUCAUGAUCACUUUUUAUGCAUCCUGAUCAUUGUCACCCUCUUUAACCCGAAUGAACCUCAAGUAGAAAUCAUGCAAAUAAUGGUUCCUUUAUUCAUCUAGACGUCACUUGUUGUUAAAUUAUGUCUGUUUGUGCUUUGCUGUCGUGUUUGUUUCUUAGAAACUGUAAAUAAAUGUAAGCUUGAAGGAAAACUAAUUAUAAAAAAAAAGCUUAAAUUUGCUCCCCCUAUUUGUGUUUCUUAAUCUUGUCGGCCACACACAUCUUGAUAACACCCUCUCAUCUGAUUGCAUGAUCACCUCCUACUUCACAGUCUGUGUUUUUUUGUGUGUGUGUAUUUCUUUUGAUUUUCUCCACCAGGCCAUGGAGAUUUUUGUUACUGUCUUCCAACAAGCUUAUGUAAUUAUGUAUUUUGCAUUUGACCAUUAUGAUGAGAGAGGCAGGGUUUGUCUAUAAAAAUGCCAAUGCAUGAAUGAAAUGAACAAUUAUGCAAAUGAUGUGAACGAGGCACACAUGUUUGUCUCCAUUUUUGCAGUUAACCCGCUCUUUACUGUGGUUAACAAGCUACGUUAUGGGAUACAUCUGAGGAGAUCAUCUCAUACCAGGAUUUUUUCACUUCACAUACCAGCUUAUAGUCACUCACUGCCUGAGAAACUACUACAGGCACUUCUUACUCUCUCUCUCCUCCAGAUUUCUUCCUUGUAAUUUUAUAUAGAAAUACCAGGAUGUAAAGAAAGAGUGUGUUAAGAGUGUAUUUAUAGAUUGGUGCCUUCUCUGAUGAUCAAGCUGUUGUCUACAGAAAGGGCUCCUGAAUCUGCAAACACAAUCACUGUUGUUUCGGACGAGGUUGUCUUUCAUGGAGGACUGAGUAUGACAGAAACAAACAAAUCACUCAGUGUCAACCCAGCGUUUUGCUUUUGUGCCCACAUCCAUCACAGCAAUAGGAUCUAAGCCCUCUGCCAACUCGGAGAAGACACUGCUUUUUUUUUUUUGCCAUUUUUGUCUCUAUAAACAAAUGAAUAUGCAAGAACUAUACUGUGUAUUUGGCUUUUGAUUUUUAUUGUGUAAGAAGCUCUUUAAUGGUGUAUACUUCAGGAAAAUUGUGGUACGUGUCUGUUUUUUAAUUCUUCUUUUUUUAAUAAAUUGGGGAAAUAAA